CAGAACUGAGUGUCGUCCUGUUACUGGGGGAAUUUUGCCUUGGAUAUCAGCUACAAGGAUUAUACAGCAGAGAUACAUUUGCUGGGUAUUGGAGCAGUGCUACAGUGAUCUUGCUGGUAAUGUGACACUCUGUGAUUGUCUUUGUCUCCCUACCCCAGGGCCUGAAUAUUUCACCACAUACCUGCAUGUCCUGUGCCCUGGGGCCAUCGAAUUCGACAGUCACCUCCUCCCUCCAUCACAGGGCUUACAGGAACACAGGAAGGUCAUUUACACCAACCUUCGUGUUUACCAGCUGCUGAUCGCUCAUUUCUUGCUAAUAAUUCAUACAUUUCCACUGCAAUUGUGAAAGCAUAAGUACAUGGCAACUUUUCUUUAAAAAACAGAAUAUAAACUUAAAAAAAAGAAAAAAUGUAUGCGUGCAUGUGUCUAUAUUAUUAUUUUUAUUUAUGGAAAUCUAGAAUCUUGCGUUCUGUGUCCUUUCAGUUCCUUACGGUCAGGGUCCAGACUGUGAGGAAUUGUUGGUGAAUCUGUUGUCUUCAUACACAAUGUUAAACUCUUGUUUCCCUAUACAUGCUUUCUCUAACUGCCAAGUUUUCACGAAGUGUGGCAAGUUAGUGGUUCCUGGGAAGUGGUAUAGAAUCCGGACGUUUGCUCUGGAUUACGGUGACACAGUUUGUCCUUAUUGCUGAGUUAGACAAAUAAUUAGCAAAGUUUACUUCUUCUUGAGAUGAUCCCUAAAUCAAAUAUUGAAAGUGUAAGUGUAAACUGGAGGAAACUAAUAAUGUGACCUGCCCACAUACUUAUCUAUUACUAUAACGUGGACAGACUCUGUACACGGUCAUUGGACCUGUGUUUCUUCUGGAGUGAAUGGCGGAAUUCAGAAGUUCUGAUUUGUGAGGCAUGCGCCGGUGGGGAAUAACACCUAUUGAAUUACUUCCCCUAAGUCACUGUUUUUUAAUUGAACACACUCACUAGCAUAGCACCUCAGGCUCUCUCGUGUGCCAAGCUAGACACUCUAGCACAUCCAUGCACAUAAUUAGCCAUUCGUGCACACUUCACUGGCCAAUCCUUAACACUCCAUGCUUGAAUACAGCAAUCCAAAGCAAAGCUGGGAAUGAUCUGUUAUAGAAUGAGGGGUGUAUAGAUAUUGGAAUGAUCUGUUUUAGAGAAUGAGGGCUGUCCUAGAUGCUGGGAUUGAUCUGUUAUAGAAUGGGGGCUGUGUAGUUGCUGGGAAUGAUCUGUUGGAGAACGCAAGGUGUGUAGAUGCUGGGAAGGAUCUGUUAUAGAAUGAGGGCUGUGUAGAUGUUGGGAAGGGUCUAUUAUAGAAUGAGGGUCUGUGUAGAUGUUGGAAAGGGUCUAUUAUAGAAUGAGGGGCUGUGUAGAUGCUGGGAAGUGUCUGUUAUAGAAUGAGGGGCUGUAUAGAUGCUGGGAAGGGUCUGUUAUAGAAUGAGGGGCUGUGUAGAUGCUGGGAAGGGUCUGUUAUAGAAUGAGGGGCUGUGUAGAUGCUGGAAAGGGUCUGUUAUAGAAUGAGGGGCUGUGUAGAUGCUGGAAAGGGUCUGUUAUAGAAUGAGGGGCUGUGUAGAUGCUGGAAAGGGUCUGUUAUAGAAUGAGGGGCUGUGUAGAUGCUGGAAAGGGUCUGUUAUAGAAUGAGGGGCUGUGUAGAUGCUGGGAAGGGUCUGUUAUAGAAUGAGGGGCUGUGUAGAUGCUGGGAAGGGUCUGUUAUAGAAUGAGGGGCUGUGUAGAUGCUGGGAAGGGUCUGUUAUAGAAUGAGGGGCUGUGUAGAUGCUGGAAAGGGUCUGUUAUAGAAUGAGGGGCUGUGUAGAUGCUGGGAAGGGUCUGUUAUAGAAUGAGGGGCUGUGUAGUUGCUGGGAAGGGUCUGUUAUAGAACGAGGGGCUGUGUAGAUGCUGGGAAGGGUCUGUUAUAGAAUGAGGGGCUGUGUAGUUGCUGGGAAGGGUCUGUUAUAGAAAGGGUGCUGUUAUGAGGGGCUGUGUAGUUGCUGGGAAGGGUCUGUUAUAGAACGAGGGGCUGUGUAGUUGCUGGGAAGGGUCUGUUAUAGAAUGAGGGGCUGUGUAGUUGCUGGGAAGGGUCUGUUAUAGAACGAGGGGCUGUGUAGAUGCUGGGAAGGGUCUGUUAUAGAAUGAGGGGCUGUGUAGUUGCUGGGAAGGGUCUGUUAUAGAAUGAGGGGCUGUGUAGUUGCUGGGAAGGGUCUGUUAUUGAGGGGCUGUGUAGUUGCUGGGAAGGGUCUGUUAUAGAACGAGGGGCUGUGUAGAUGCUGGGAAGGGUCUGUUAUAGAAUGAGGGGCUGUGUAGUUGCUGGGAAGGGUCUGUUAUAGAAUGAGGGGCUGUGUAGUUGCUGGGAAGGUUCUGUUAUAGAAUGAGGGGCUGUGUAGUUGCUGGGAAGGGUCUGUUAUAGAACGAGGGGCUGUGUAGAUGUUCAGAAUGUUGUUUUUAAUGUAUAACAUUACAUGACUGAGAGCAGUCUACCCUAGAUGGAUGUGUAGCCUUUUGGGGUGAAUUCCGUCAGUGAUGAUUCUAGGGGAUGAGAAAAAGACAUAUAAACCCUUAAAGAACAAAUAAACAAGUAAAAUAGGAGAGCAGAGGAAUUUCUAUUAUAACUGGAGAAUAACUUUAAUAGUUUGAAAGGUAUGUAAGGGGGAUUGGGGCCCAGGGAUACUAUCUGAAGAGCUGGGUAGAUGAUCCAGAAUAUUCUGUAAAUAUUGGAUUGCCUUUUUUUCCUGCUGUGUCCAUACCCGUUCAGUUUCCCUGGAAUAUUUUCUUCACCAGAAAUUUCCUUGGAAAAACUCCAGCGUGUUUGUCAGUCUGUUUCCUGCACAGCUGCAGGAGUCAUCACUCAGCCCAUGGUACUCCCGUCCCACCUCCUGGCCAUUCAUUACUCCUGUCCUCAAUCAGGAUAUCUGGCUUUGCUCUCUCCAAGUUCCGUGCAAUCUCUCUAAAUCUUACUCUGUCUCUAUAUGUCUCACUCUCUCCCAACAUCCACCUUAGGUUCUGUCAAUAAUCUCCCUGCACUAUGCUCUCUCUGUCCUUCUAUAAUUUACUACCCUGUGCUCUGUGUGUGUGUCUCUCUCUCUCUCUCUCUACCUCUACUCUGUGUUGUCUCUGUGUAUUCCUCUCUCUCUCUCUCUCUCUCUGUGUAUUCCUAUCUCUCUGUCUCCCUGCCAUCUGCGCUGUCACUCUUGCUCCAGCUGUCUCUGUGUAUUCCUCUCUCUCUCGGUCUCCCUGCACUCUGCGCUGUCACUCUUGCUCCAGCUGUCUCUGUGUAUUCCUCUCUCUCUCGGUCUCCCUGCACUCUGCGCUGUCUCUCUUGCCCCAGCUGUCUCGGUGUAUUCCUGUCUCUCUGCACUGUCUCUGUGUAGUCCUCUCUCUCUGUCUCUGUGUGUUCCUGUCUCCCUGCACUCUGCGCUGUCUCUCUUGCCCCAGCUGUCUCGGUGUAUUCCUGUCUCUCUGCACUCUGCGCUGUCUCUGUGUAUUCCUACACGUCCCUGUUUCCCCUCCUCCUUGCUGCCCUUUCCUCAGCUCCUCCAUCAUUUGAUUACUGCUUCUCUGUGUGCUGGUAACUGGAGUCUGCACUUCCCCUGUUCAUUCACUGCUCCAAAUUAAAUAUAAAAGACCCUCUUUGUCCGUAGCCUAAACGCCACGUUUAGGAUCAUUAAUGCUCAAGAGGGUGUGGAGCAAAGGAUUGUGGGAUGGCUUGUUUAAAACAUAUAUAAUCUCUGUGUGAGCCAUUCUUUCAUUCCAGGAGGAGGCGGAGGAGCGUUCCUGUAGUGACCCAUUAGUUUCCAUUACCUAGUGUGGGAUGCUUUCUAGAAACUCUGCUUACGGUUCCCUGUCAUUUACCUCGCCUUCACCCUCAGUCACUGUGCCAACAGGGUGAGGACAUGGUCCCCAUCCAGCAGUUAUGUGAGUGCACGUUGGGGUAGGGCGUGAAUGUGAGUGCACGUUGGCGUAGGAUGUGAGUGCACGUUUGGGUUGCCGUGAGUGUGAGUGCACGUUUGGGUUGCCGUGAGUGUGAGUGCACGUUUGGGUUGCCGUGAGUGUGAGUGCAUGUUUGGGUUGCCGUGAGUGUGCAUUUGGGUACAAUGAGUGCCAAUUCCUUAUCCUUUUUGUAGCAAUACCAUUGAUAAACAUCAGACUCCCUCUUAUACAACAGAACCAGCGUCGUUGACCCCUUCAUGACCGGGUUAGACAGAUAUUUUCACAAUUCUGAGGGGCAGAUGUUAACCCUAUUAUAAUCCCUGCAGACGUAAAGCUAAAUAUUCUCAUUAAAAAGGAAAUGUCAUGGUGCUGAGCCCACUCAAAGCUUAGAAAUCUAUUGCUCGCACACUCAGCCCUCGGGUCAUUAUAAUCCCUGCACACUCAACCCUCUGGUCAUUAUAAUCCCUGCACACCCAGCCCUCGGGUUAUUAUAAUCCCUGCACACUCAGCCCUCGGGUUAUUAUAGGCCGUUGUGUAGAUGUGUGUGACCUAACACAGUUUCAUGUUUGCCUGAUAUCUGCUGUGUUUAUCCCAAAAACCGUGGUCCGCAACAUACCGCGCAAAGAGGCUGGACAAUUUUCAGCACUCCAGAUGUUACGAACUACAUCUCCUAUAAUGCUCCUAGAGCCAUAAUGCUGGCAAAGCAUCAGGGGAGAUUAUUUGUUGCAGGGUUACUUUUCAAUGUGCACCUGGAGCGGACCCCCCCCUCCUUUUCUGGCUGCUACUAGACCCCAUUGCAGCUCCCGUGACCCACCAUGCCAAACUCUGCCCUCUUCCGUUCAGUAGUUUAAUGACAAUCAGGAAAUCCAGACUUAUAAACAGAUGUUGUCCUCUACAACGCUGGUUAUUCCAGCACUAGGACUAGCAAGGGGUUAAUACAUAGAAAUACAGGAUACUGGAGUUGCUGUAAUCAGCGAUAUUAACGUAACAGAUUAAAAUCAAACGUGUUACAGAGUCACAAACGCCCAUUACCCUCACUGUAUGGGAGUCUAUCAGGCUUUAUUCCAUACUAUGGACAUUGGUAGAGAUUAAGUAUUACACAGCUCUGCCAGAUAUAAUAUUGUAAAGUGCUACGGAAUCUGUUGGCACUAUAUAAAUGGCAAUAAUAAAAAUACAUGUGUGUAUGCAUGCAGCCUAUCGGCUACUUUGGAGCCUUUUAAAAACCAUUUGUGUGCUCUGAUACGCUGUUCCAGACUGACUCAUGUGAGGGGAGUAAUCCUGGUGGAAUGUGCUGUCUUUAUGGGGUCUCUGGGCCUAGUAAAUAUCCGGGUUGCAUUUUACAGGGGAAGUUGCACAGUUACGACAUGUUAGUCACGUCUUUUUUUUUUUUUUUUCGUGUGCUCAGCACAUACAGGCAGUGAGACAUUAUCUUUGUGUGCUGUGUCUCUGCUAUAAAUUCCUGGCUGAGUAAUGUGCAGAGGCAUGUUGGCUGGGCAGCUGAACCCUUCAGCUGCAAUCCCUAUCACACCCAGUUCCAGUCUGCAGUCAGGGUGUGGUGGUGUUGGCUGGUAGUAGGGUUAGACCGAUAAUCAGUUCGGCCGAUAUCAGCCUAUAUUCCAGAUUUUGGCAAAUAUCGGUAUCUGCCACUAUUGAUACCGAUUGCUGAUAAUGUGAGAAGCAGCGGAGGCCCAGUGCAUGCAGCGCUUCCAUAAGGCGACACAGGUGGCUGUCCUAGGGCGCACCGGCUCUAGGGGCGCAUGAAUCAAGUGACCGGCAGGAAGGAAGCGCACAUCGGUCCCCCCUACCAAUCGCUCAGUGUAGCGUGGUUGAGUGGAGCCGUGUAGACCGCGGUACAGGUGCUUCAGUUUCAAAACGGGAUUGGGAAUGGAUCACUGUCCAUUUUCUUUUAAAUCAUUGCACAAUAUGUUAUUUUCUUUUCUCCACUUUAGGACUUCAUAUAUUGCUGCUUGUUUAUUAGCAGAAGCCCAGUCAAUUUGAACAAACUGCUUCUCUGUCACACGUGGAGGAGUGCUGCUCUCUGGGGAAUCAGGGAUUUCGCUGUACUCAUAAACCGCUUCUUUUCUUGAACUUUUGACAAGAUCAUUUAUCAGUUCCUUUGCUUUAUCUUGCUGAUCCCUUGUGCCAAAUAAUUUGACCUCAGAGUCAUAGCUAUCAUUUACAAUUUUUAUCCUUGCACCAGAUAACUCUUCGAGUUCCUUUAUUUUAGCUCCUCCACGUCCUAUGACCAUGCCGACCAGUGAGCUGUCCAGACGGAAACACAGUGGCGUGCUGCCCCCUUGCUUCCAGGACUCUCUGUUCCUGGGCUGAUCGCCAUUCUUCCAGGAUCCUUCCUCUGCCACCUCGGCCCUGCCCUCCGCCCCAACAUCUUCCAUUGCCUGCUCCCUGUCUGUCUGUAGGAUCGCGGCCUGCUAAUGGGAGGUGGUACCCAAAGCUCACACUCUUCCUCCCAGUCAGACAUGGUUACGAUGUUCACUGCCCCACGGUUUGGCACUGCCUGAUUCUUGUCUAUACGAUCUUUAUAUACCUGCAGGGAAGGAUCUAGGGCUACCAGGCUGCCAAAUUCUAAGGGGGCAUCCCAGGGGAGAACUGGAGGGGUGUGGGGCAGAUUGCCUACCUGUGCCUCAGAGUGAUCGGAUGGAGCCGUGGUGUGGGCCUGCUGUCGAGUAACAACAGGGUAUGCUUCUUGGACGGUGGGUUGGGGAACAAAGGCGGAUGUGAGCCCCCCCAAGUCGUUGCCCAAGAUCACAUCAGCUGGCAAAUCCUGCAUAAUCCCCACCUCCACAUUCCCAUGCCCUGCUCCCCAAUCCAAAUGUACCUUGGCAGUGGGAACUUGUAUCCUCUAUAACGGCUUGUAUGGGGUUCACUUCGUGCAGGGUUCCCGGGGUUCUUCUACGGAUGUGGCUGUCGUGUGGGGGACAAAGGGUUCUUUUUGGUUACAGUGUACCGCAGCUCGGUUAUGGGGUGGUGACCCCUGGUUAUGCCAGGUUGGUCGGUUCCUGUUCCGUCGGCAAUCUCUUUGAAUAUGACCUUGCUGGUUGCAGGUAUAGCAGCGGGUUGGCGGUAGUGUUUUGUACCUGGGAGGGUACGAGUUGUUGCUUACCCCUGGUCGUGGAUGGGCCGAAGUGGUCACUGCUGGAAGAGGAGCGGUAGAUCCAUAAGCUGACCGGCGUUGCCUGUUGUCUGUGGCUUGUACCGACAUCACAUCGUGUAGUAUCUCCAGGGGCUCUUCGGUCUGAUAUCUCCUGGGUUGCUGGCUCCGCUUGGUAGUGGUGGGCGGCUGCUCUUGGUGCUGGAUUCUGCCGUACCUGGCUCCAUGCUUGGCGGCUCCGGUUCUGGAUACACUCUCUCACCAUGUGGCCCCAUUGUUUGCACGUAUGGCACUGUAUAUUCGCUCUGCCAUUAUACCUGGAUGGUGGAGUGUGCCCCCCCGGGGCUGGCCGGAAUGGGUUCGCUGUAGGUGCAGUAGGGGUAGCUAUAUGAGGUUGAGCGGUGGGUCGAGGGUACCUUCGGUUGAGGUUACCGUGAUACCUCCUGACGUCAUAGUGCUGGUCUGCUAAUCUUGCAGCUUCUGUUAGGGUGAGGGGUUUUCUAUCUCUCACCCAUUCCUGUGCCUCUGGGGACAGGCCAUUGAAAAACUGUUCUAACAGCAGCAAUUGCCGUAACUCCUCCAUGGUGGUUGCUUGACUGGCUGGGAGGCUUGGUCCUGUUUGUGGGCCCACUCUGUGUGGGAAUCUUUCUCUGGUUUGCACAGCCCUCGAAACUUGCGCCGGUAUGCCUCUGGGGUAAUGGCGUAUCUUUGGUAUAGCCUGUCUUACCCGGGCAUAAUCUUUACUGGCGUCCCUGGGUACAGCCCGAUAGGCUUCGGCUGCCCGACCUGACUGUUUGCCUGCCAGUAAAGGUACCCACACUGCCUGCUCCAAAUCAUGCAAGUCACAUAGCUUCUCAAAGUCUUGAAGAUACCCAUCAAUCUCGUCUUUCUCUUCACAGAACAUUUUAAACGCAUGGUAUGGGAUCUUAGGCUUUACCUGGCUGACGACUGAAGCAGUAAUAGACUCUGCUCUGGGAGGAGCAUCCUGCGGUCCGUGUGCCAUCACAUACUCCUGCACAUCCGCCAUCAGUACAGUCAGUAUUUCCAGUGGUACUGGCUGGGGUAAAAAUUCCAUCCUGGUCCUCAUUUCCUUUUGGAAGGGAGUUUCUUCCAUGGCUAGUCGGGGUGUAACGCUGCGAGCUCUGUCUCCCUCCAUCAAUUCAGCAAUCAGCAAAUUUGGCUUAUUGCUGACUAUCUUACCCCUGGCUUCCAAUAGUUCCUUUAACGUCUGCCGUUUCAAUGCAGUGUAGUCUGUCUCCAUUUACCUCCGUGUUCGGUUCCUUGUUGUAUCCGAUUUGCCAUUCACUUUCCUGUUCGGUAGUUUCAAUUACCCGAACACCGCUUUUCGGCUGUAAGGUUGGAUCCCACUGCUGCCACCAAUUGCAGCAGAGUAGCAGUAUAAUCCACGGUAUCUCCGCGGGUAGUCAGGAUAAAGCAGGUAAAACACAGGCAGCGUAAUAAUAAUCCCUCUUCCCAAAGGACUAGACGACACAUAGUCUGGGAUUCAACUGUCAUUUUAUUCCACGGUCACAGUAUUUAUGCAAGUCCCCAUGCAAGGGGUUUCCUGAAUGACAUUGCAGGGGUUUUACUACAGAGGACUGUGUGGGGAACUUAGCCUGCAAGGCUGUUUCCCAGCAUGCCUUGCUGUACAGGAGAGAUAAUUGUGCAAGAAUGUACAGUUAGUCACAUUUUCUCUCCAUACAGCAAAAUAUACAGUUUUACAUAAAAAAUAAAAACAUAACUGAUAUAAUAUUCAGAUGAAUGCUACACAAUGCAUAUAAAAUGAGCAUAGCAACAGUUAACAAAAUAUUCACCCUAAGUGUCCAGAAGUGGCUAGGUUUGCCACACACACUACACAAACACACUCUGCAUUCACUAUAUAUAUACACUACACACACACACACACACACUCUGCAUUCAUUAUAUACACACACACACUACAAAAACACUCACUGCAUUCAUUAUAUACACACUACACAAACACUCACUGCAUUCACUAUACACACUACACAAACACACAGCUCCCCUGUCUAAACACACUGCAUCCACUACACGUGACAUGUAUAUUUUGUGCAUUUACCUUUAGAAUUAGUUUAUUUUUUUCAAAAUGGUAAAUGUACAGAAUAUCGGUAAGCUAUCGGCCUGAAAGUUAACAGAUUAUCGGAAUCGGCUCUAAAAAAUAAACAUCUCUCGAUCCCUAGCUGGUAAUUGGGUACUGUCAUAUCGAUCGGCAGGGGGUGUUAUUUUUAAAGAUGCAGAGCUAGACAUGCUUGGAAUGUAGACAGUGCACAUACCAUUAUAUAUAUCUCAAUACUGCGAGAAUCGACCCAAUCGUCAAAAAUGGCCCCUGAUUUUAUUUCAUUUUCAAGCAGUCUCGCACCCCGGACUGUCCUGGAGCCAUACCACUCAUUAUUGCGGGUGUAGCCUUUAAGCUGUAGUUUUGCUUUGUCUCCUGGUUAACCGACGUUUAAAUUGAUGAGUAUGUGUUAAAAUUCUCGCCAGCUGCAACAUGGUUCCCAGUUUCCCAGUUCUAUUGAUUGACGUUAAUACUUGGUGUGUGCAUGACAUUUGCUUGUUUAGGUACAGGUAAUAGCAUAAAUCAGGUUAGAAAAAAAAAUCAGAUUUUUUUUUAUUUACAUUUUUUAAAUCUGAUUUCUUUUACUAAAAUGAUUUUGAAUAAAAAUUCUAUCUAAAGAUAGCCUAUUUAGGAUAUAUUGUAGUUCAAAAGUUAUUCAGCAUGAAAAAGGGAUUAGUUCUGUAGCCCAACGCUGUAUAUUUACGCAAUAUUUACAUUAUUGGUAAAUUCAAAUAAUACAAGUAAAUUGAACUUGUGUCUGCACAGAUAAAAUUUUCUUUAUUCACAGUGAAAUGUUAUCAAAUAUUGCUGUGUGUUUUCUCGUACAAUAUUCAGUGAGCGCUCUGUUAGUAUUGGACUGUUUCCUCGUACAAUAAUCAGUGAGCACUGUGUUAGUAUUGGACUGUUUCCUCGUACAAUAUUCAGUGAGCGCUCUGUUAGUAUUGGACUGUUUUCUCGUACAAUAUUCAGUGAGCGCUCUGUUAGUAUUGGACUGUUUCCUCGUACAAUAUUCAGUGAGCGCUCUGUGUUAGUAUUGGACUGUUUCCUCGUACAAUAUUCAGUGAGCGCUCUGUGUUAGUAUUGGACUGUUUCCUCGUACAAUAUUCAGUGAGCGCUCUGUGUUAGUAUUGGACUGUUUCCUCGUACAAUAUUCAGUGAGCGCUCUGUGUUAGUAUUGGACUGUUUCCUCGUACAAUAUUCAGUGAGCGCUGUGUUAGUAUCGGACUGUUUCCUCGUACAAUAUUCAGUGAGCGCUGUGUUAGUAUUGGACUGUUUUCUCGUACAAUAUUCAGUGAGCGCUGUGUUAGUAUUGGACUGUUUCCUCGUACAAUAUUCAGUGAGCGCUGUGUUAGUAUCGGACUGUUUCGCGCAUUGGGUCUUGUGUAAGCGCCGCUGGUAUUGACCGUCUCAUUAAAUAUUCAGUGAGUGCUCUGUGUUGGGUAUUGGACCGUUUCGCAUACAUUCAGUGAGUUUGUGUUGGUAUCGGGACUGUUUCUCGCAUAAUAAUUCAGUGAGCGCUGUGUUAGUAUUGACUGUUUUUCGCAUAUCAUUCAGUGUGAGCGCCGGUGUUGCAUUGACUGUUUUCACGCAUAAUAUUCAGUGCGAGCGCUGUGUUAGUAUUGACUGUUUCCUCGUACAAUAUUCAGUAAGCGCUGUGCUGGUAUUGGACUGUCCUCGUACAAUAUUCAGUGAGCGCUCUGUGUUAGUAUUGGACUGUUUCCUCGUACAAUAUUCAGUGAGCGCUCUGUGUUAGUAUUGGACUGUUUCCUCGUACAAUAUUCAGUGAGCGCUCUGUGUUAGUAUUGGACUGUUUUCUCGUACAAUAUUCAGUGAGCGCUGUGUUAGUAUUGGAUUGUUUCCUUGUACAAUAUUCAGUAAGCACUGUGCUGGUAUUGGACUGUUUUCUCGUAUAAUAUUCAGUGAGCGCUCUGUUAGUAUUGGACUGUUUCCUCGUACAAUAUUCAAUGAGCGCUCUGUGUUAGUAUUGGAUUGUUUUCUCGUACAAUAUUCAGUGAGCGCUCUGUGUUAGUAUUGGACUGUUUCCUCAUACAGUAUUCAGUGAGCGCUGUGUUAGUAUUGGACUGUUUUCUCGUACAAUAUUCAGUGAGCGCUGUGUUAGUAUUGGACUGUUUCCUCGUACAAUAUUCAGUGAGAGCUCUGUUAGUAUUGGACUGUUUCCUCGUACAAUAUUCAUGAGCGCUCUGUUAGUAUUGGACUGUUUCCUCGUACAAUAUUCAGUGAGCGCUGUGUUAGUAUUGGACUGUUUCCUCGUACAAUAUUCAGUGAGAGCUCUGUUAGUAUUGGACUGUUUUCUCGUACAAUAUUCAGUGAGCGCUCUGUUAGUAUUGGACUGUUUCCUCGUACAAUAUUCAGUGAGCGCUCUGUGUUAGUAUUGGACUGUUUUCUCGUACAAUAUUCAGUGAACGCUGUGUUAGUAUUGGACUGUUUUCUCGUACAAUAUUCAGUGAGCGCUCUGUUAGUAUUGGACUGUUUCCUCGUACAAUAUUCAGUGAGCGCUCUGUUAGUAUUGGACUGUUUCCGCGUACAAUAUUCAGUGAGCGCUCUGUGUUAGUAUUGGACUGUUUCCUCGUACAAUAUUCAGUGAGCGCUCUAUUAGUAUUGGACUGUUUUCUCGUACAAUAUUCAGUGAGCGCUCUGUGUUAGUAUUGGACUGUUUAAUCGUACAAUAUUCAGUGAGCGCUCUGUGUUAGUAUUGGACUGUUUCCUCGUACAAUAUUCAGUGAGCGCUGUGUUAGUAUUGGACUGUUUUCUCGUACAAUAUUCAGUGAGCGCUCUGUGUUAGUAUUGGACUGUUUUCUUGUACAAUAUUCAGUGAGCGCUCUGUGUUAGUAUUGGACUGUUUAAUCGUACAAUAUUCAGUGAGCGCUCUGUGUUAAUAUUGGACUGUUUCCUCGUACAAUAUUCAGUGAGCGCUGUGUUAGUAUUGGACUGUUUUCUCGUACAAUAUGCAGUGAGGAGAAAAGAAAAAGGGAUCUGUUCCUAAUGCCGAUAUCAGAUACACACAAACGGUUAAAAAUCUUGAACAUCUACAAAAUGUCAGUACAAUACAACUGCAGGGGAAUCUGUUGCAAUCAGUGUGAACUGAAACUAAGUAUAUUAAUCUCUGUGUGUCAACAAAAAGAUACAGAACAGGGGAACCCACUGAAAGGAGUUAAAUACUCCUGUUUAGUAUAAUAGUCACUGUGUAUAAAGACAAAGGAAUCACUGUACAGAGUCAAUGCCGUUAAAGUACAGGAGAUUCUACCACUAUAAACUCUCUCUAAUAAUAAAAGGAGUGAAUGCAGUGAUAGUAUUUCCAAAAGUUCUAAUAUAAGAACAAAAUCGAAUCUAAUUAAAAAUGCAUAUAAAUCACAUCAGCAUAUCCAAUUGGUGUUACGAGAGUAAUGAGUAAAUAAAGUUAAUCAAAAAGGUGAAAAGGCAACAGUAUCUGGAAUACGCCUGGUAACCUAAAUGAAAUGACUAAUUAUCCAUGAUGAAUUAUACACCAAAUGAAGGGAGAUCGGAAUGGUGCCUUCGAGGGCACCAAGUAUAGGAUAGAUGGUAAAGAAACCAGAGUGCUGAUGUUGGUAAGUAACCAAAUAGACAAUAGAAAAAUACUGCAAAUAGGAAGGCAUUAAUAGCUAACGAUAUCCUGAUCGAUCUAAUCUAUAUACACGGCUAGUAUCCCAAACUAUCAUAGCCCCUCGGAGUCCCAAGUAAUGAAUCAAUCCAAAGAUAUAUGUCCGUUCUCAUGGGAAGGAAGAGGGUUGCUGGGGACACACAAAAUAUCUAACCCGAUAAUCGCAAUAAUGUCUAAUCUACGCACCCCCUAAUCUAUAUUAACUCCUUUCAGUGGGUUCCCCUGUUUUGUAUCUUUUUGUUGACACACAGAGAUUAAUAUACUUAGUUUCAGUUCAUACUGAUUGCAACAGAUUCCCCUGCAGUUGUAUUGUACCAACGUUUUGUAUUAUAUUUUAUCUGUGAUAUGUAAAAAUCAUUACACUGAAUGAAUUGUCAGCUUUGGGGGCUCCCACGUUUUGUAUCUAUUCCCUUACCUAUAGAUACUAUCAUUUAUCCAUUGUUAAAACUCUUUCUAUUAUCCUUUCCAUCUAAUUUCACUUUUCUUUUUACUUAUCUUUUUUUAUUUUUCUGCAUGCUCUUUGUUUUGGCUGCCGUAAUUUACUUUUCUCUAGUCAGGCAGCCAUAGCUGGGGUUUUUCAGGUUUAUGUUUUCUAUUUAUAAAUAAAGUAUCUUCUAGAUUUUUAACAGUUUGUGUGUAUCCGAUAUCUGCAUUAGGAACAGAUUCCUCUUUCUUUUCUCCUUUGUUCUGCAAUUAUUGAGGGUUACCCCCUACUCUGUUCCUAUAGACACUAGGACAUUGAUGUUCUGGCCAUUUCUCAAUAUUUAUUACAAUAUUCAGUGAGCGCUCUGUGUUAGUAUCGGACUGUUUCCUCGUACAAUAUUCAGUGAGCGCUCUGUGUUAGUAUUGGACUGUUUCCGCGUACAAUAUUCAGUGAGCGCUCUGUUAGUAUUGGACUGUUUCCUCGUACAAUAUUCAGUGAGCGCUGUGUUAGUAUCGGACUGUUUCCUCGUACAAUAUUCAGUGAGCGCUGUGUUAGUAUCGGACUGUUUCCUCGUACAAUAUUCAGUGAGCGCUGUGUUAGUAUCGGACUGUUUCCUCGUACAAUAUUCAGUGAGUGCUCUGUGUUAGUAUCGGACUGUUUCCUCGUACAAUAUUCAGUGAGCGCUGUGUUAGUAUCGGACUGUUUCCUCGUACAAUAUUCAGUGAGCGCUCUGUGUUAGUAUCGGACUGUUUCCUCGUACAAUAUUCAGUGAGCGCUCUGUGUUAGUAUCGGACUGUUUCCUCGUACAAUAUUCAGUGAGCGCUCUGUGUUAGUAUUGGACUGUUUCCUCGUACAAUAUUCAGUGAGCGCUGUGUUAGUAUCGGACUGUUUCCUCGUACAAUAUUCAGUGAGUGCUCUGUGUUAGUAUCGGACUGUUUCCUCGUACAAUAUUCAGUGAGCGCUCUGUGUUAGUAUCGGACUGUUUCCUCGUACAAUAUUCAGUGAGCGCUCUGUGUUAGUAUCGGACUGUUUCCUCGUACAAUAUUCAGUGAGCGCUCUGUGUUAGUAUCGGACUGUUUCCUCGUACAAUAUUCAGUGAGCGCUCUGUGUUAGUAUCGGACUGUUUCCUCAUACAAUAUUCAGUGAGCGCUCUGUGUUAGUAUUGGACUGUUUCCUCGUACAAUAUUCAGUGAGCGCUCUGUGUUAGUAUCGGACUGUUUCCUCGUACAAUAUUCAGUGAGCGCUGUGUUAGUAUCGGACUGUUUCCUCAUACAAUAUUCAGUGAGCGCUCUGUGUUAGUAUCGGACUGUUUCCUCGUACAAUAUUCAGUGAGCGCUCUGUGUUAGUAUCGGACUGUUUUCCUCUCGUUGUUUAAUGGAUAAUGAAGAAGUUUGAAAGCCAAUGUUUCAGCGGGAUAAAAAUAAUUUCCCGAUGGUUUUUCUCUAUUUUACUUUAUGUAAAACACGUCUUGUUCCAUAAUAUUACACGUCCUCCUUUCUGCAGUGAGUGAGAAAAAGCUUCCGGAAAAUUGUAUAUUAUGCUAACGUAGUGUACCUAUAAUCUUAAUUUUAAUAAUGACAGGAGGCGAGUAUUUUGCAUUACUUUUCUUUUCUCCUUAUACCUCCAGCAGCACGAGUCAAUCAGAAAAAACUUUAAACCAAUCAGUAACAGGCAUCACAUCCAUAUAUAAAGCCCUGACAGACACAUGACUUCCUCUUUCUUUGAUGUGAAAAACAGCCUAUUAUAACGUCAGGGAAUUCAAAUAACAGUCCUGAGUAACGUGUAGCACAUAACUUGAAACCUUCCAGCUUUAUCUUGUCGAACCCAUCUAUGAUGAUUACACUGAAAAGAACAGAAAUACGUGAAAGGUGAUGGAAACCAACUGUUGUCCACAUUAAAUCCAGUACUAUACGUAUCUAUAGUUAUAUUAAGUUAAUAUACUGAAACAUUAAACAACCAUAGUAUACUUAAUAAUCAACACGGAUCUAACACAUGAACCAGAUAAGCAGCCCAUAAAUACUGAAUUACCAAAACCUUAUAAUUACACUGAGAAAAUGAUAAACCAGAAUAUUAGAAUUUUCCAGAGUACAGGGAGGGAAACGGAGGGAAAAUAUUCGCCUCCUGUCAUUAUUAAAAUUAAGAUUAUUAGGUACACUACGUUAGCAUAAUCUACAAUUUUACCACAUGACAGGAGGCUUCAUAUUUUGCAUUUUUUAAAGCUGUGGUAUGAGCGAGAAGGAUGCGUGUGUGGUUUGACGAAAAUAAAUAUACGUAAGUGGUCUAUCCGUGUUCAAUUCAAAAAAUGUAAAAUAUAGAGGCCCCCCCCCUGUGAAGGCCUGAGAAGCAGCCGCGCCUCGUACCGAAUGAGUACCCAAAACACGUCUCCACCCCCGCUAGCGAUAACAAUCAAUGAACCCAUCUAGACAGUGUUCAUGGUAACUGGCUUGUAUGGUUGGUAUAAGACCAGCAGAUGUCCUGAAUGUGACAAUCUAAGUGUUGUCGUGAUCUUCAUGUAACGAAGUACCGCUUUAACUGCACAAAGAAUGGGAAACCGCCGGGAACAGGGUAAAAUACGGACGCAGAUAAGAUUUAGUUCUACGAGACACGGUAGAAAUCAUUCCUUCCGGUGAUACCAAAAAGACUUUCUACGUCAAACUCCAGUACAUCUGAUACCCGACGAAAAGACCUAAAAGUAACGUGACUAUGGCUGACGGAGGGAUAGGUCCGUGUUAUCUGACUAGUUCCAAAAGAACCAAAUUAAAGUCCCACAACAGUGAUACUCUGAGGCAUGGUUCUGGACAGUUAGAUACCCCGCAGAAAGCUGCAUAUCAAAGGCUCCUGAGUGUCAUGAAUCGUACUAUGCGUCGUCAAAAUCGCGGAACGUAUCCCGUUAAUGGAACGGUCCGAUCGUUCCGUAGCGAAAAGGUAUGAUAAAGAUUCAGCAUCGAGGAGAUAGGGGUAAUAAAGGGAUCGCAGUCCCUUCCCAUACACCAGUGACUCCAGGUGUUCCAUGCAGAUAGGUUAUUUCGGGGAAUACCUGGUGUCCAUGAGUCCCAUAAUAGGUCUCUAGUUGGUUGCGAUAGUCCAUUGACGUACCAGUCUCUCCUGAAAGACACCAAUCCACCAACUCCAGAUGCUCCUGCAUUAUCAAUGGAUGAUGUUCUCCUUUUGGAUCUGCCCGAAGGCAAGUUAAAACUGAAGGAGCAGAGGAUGAUCACGAUUAAGGACAACCAUUCUGGGUGCCAUGCUUGACUCCGUUACCGCGUUAAUGAGUACUAUCGAAGUCUUCACUAUUCUGAUCCCAAUUUCAUAAGUGUGUCCGGAUCUUGGGUAGUGAGCUUUCAGACGCUGUCUGGCCCGGUAGUGAAGCGGUCCUGGGAAAUAUGGGUUAUGGUGCCUUUCCGCCGUACCGUCAACUUUUCUUACGAAUCGUUGCUAUCAAUGAUGUGGGAAGGUGUAAUCCGCCCAAAGUGGAAUCUAUCCCGAAGUAGAGGAACUGAAUCACUUGGAACUGGGAUUGAACCGACUCCUCUCUGUUCACUAUGAAUCCCAACAAUUCCCGAAACUGUAAACCUAAAUCUCGUCUGUAAACGUAGUCAGGAAUUGGAUUUGCAAAAGGUCAGUAAGUCGUCUAGGUAUGCGACAGCGGAUACCCUUUGCUCUUCAGUGCGCCGUGACCGUCUUCAGAAACUUCAUGAGGCACCAUGUGAACCAGUAGGUAAGUGCCCUUCAAAUCCAACCUUAAGAGAUGGAUACUUUCCUUCUUGAGGUGUCAGUACGCCCCAAAACCAUUGGGUUGGCGUAGGUUGAUGACUGGGCGAUAGUCUCCUGUCUUCUACCUUACUACCAAACCGUUGCUGAGAUAAAUGGUUCUCCAAACAAUAGUCCAUCUGUCUGAGGUCCUCGCUCUUUCAUCCCGAACUUCAGUAGUUUGAAAUCCAUCUUUAAUCGGGCUGCUUUGCGCCGUUCUGUGCACCUGUCUGCCUUGCGUUCCCCAACCUACAUAUUGCCCUUUGCACCCAUUCCCUCACAUCGUGAGCUUCUAGAGGUGAGUCUUGGGUGGGACCAGGUCCGCAAAGUAUAGAAUUUUUUUCCCGGGGCUGAUCAUGUCCCGUAUUUUAUCCUAACUCGUUUUAAGUACUUCUCCUACACCUUUACAUGGACCCCGGCCUGAUCGGGACAUAAAUAUCACCACAGUGAUACCGAACUCCAGGGUGAGGACUAUCUUGUUCGGUAAUAGAGGGCGUGGACAUUCCACCCUGAGCUUGUCUCAGACUUCUUUUCCCAUAGGCCUCCUGAGCCAGAAGUGGGCAAAGUGUGCCCGGUGCUCUGGUAAACCCCAUUCGGAUGACCCUGGGUGUCGGAUGGUGCGUGAGUCAAAACAAGCCUUUCUUGCUAGGCGGGUCUUGUCACUUUACCUCUUCAGGUGAAGACCCUUCUGCUCUCCAUUCUUUCAUGAUCUCCAGAGAAAGGGGAGGGAUGAACUCCUCGUCCCCUGAUGAUGGAGCCUGAUAUGAUUAAUGGACAGGACGUUCCGAGAGAGGGCUCCGCUAAGACUGGGUGUUCCCUUUCCCCUUUGGAGAAGCCGUGUUGGAGCCCUUCCAGUGGUGUUUAGAUCAUAAGUUGUCCGACCUAACGUUGUCGGUAUCUCUGGCUUCCAUUGGUGGUGGUGCUGUUGCACCCGCCCUGUCGGAUGGGUUGUUAGCCAGCAUAUUGGCGAGGACUUCUUCCCCCGAAGCUGCCAUGGCGGCAUUAAUCCUCGCCUGAAAAUCGGUCGGGGAUAUUGAGGGAAGUCCGACAUGUUGGUUCACACCCUUUCGGUCUGUGGGAGACAGGAUCAUACAACAGUACACUUAUUGCCACUCAGUGGGCCUUUCGCAUAUAACUGGGGUCCCCCAGAAUUUCGAUCAAUCCAUACCACUUUCGCAGGAUCCGGGGAGUGGUCAGCAAGACCGGGAUGAGCGGUCUGCAAUGUUGGGACGUAGCCAGAGUAUGGGAGACGUGAAGGCCUCAAUGUGUAUAAUCCAAGGGGGUCAUCCUUAUAUGGCCUAGAAUUGUGGAGUUUUGGCAGCACUGUGAGUUCUCCUUCUCGGUUAAGGGAAGGACGUACGGAUCCCCCAGUUAUAGCAUAGAGGUGCCGGAAUACAUGGAUCUAGUGCGCCCUGGUCUGUGCAUACAAUGACAGAGCGUGCUCUGAAGGUAGAAGCCCUAGAAAGGGCGCGUUGGGUCACCCCGUCCGGCUGGGGGGUCACCCCUUUGUACGUAUGCCACUAGCACCGGAGUAAGACGCUUGGGGUUCACCCAGCGUAGGGUGGUCACCCCUGUAUGUAUGUCUCUUAUGGCAUGUUGGGACACUCUUUUGGUCUGUUUGGUACCGAACAGGUGUCCGGUACGGUAGUACACUUAUUCCACUUAGUGGGCCUCCACGUACGACUGGGGGUCACCCAAAAUUAUUUCACUCAGUACCACUUAGAGAUUUCCUGGGAGUGGUCUGGGGAGGAGGUCACCCUCAAUAAGGCCGGGAUGAGCGGUCAGUAAUGUCGGGACGUAGUCCAUGUAUGGGGAGGUAUGGUAGCCUCCAAAUUAUCCAAGGGGUCACCCUUAUGGGAUAUAGUACUGCGGAGAUUUGGCAGCACCAUUAGCCCUCCUUCCUGGCUCUGUCGAUAUACAUGUAUCCAGUGUGUCCUGGUCUGUGCAUACAGUAACAGAUCGUACUCCGUGGAUAUGAGCCCGUCCUAGGGCGUGGGGGUUCCCCCCAGUAUAUGUAUGUCACUAGUACCGGAAUUAAAUUAGCUUGGGGUUCACCCAGCAUAUGUAUGUCACUAGGACAGGAACCAGAUUCGCUUGGGGGACACCCAGCGAAGGGGGGGGGGUCACCCCUGUACCACAAUGUCACUUUGGAGAGGUGUCUGCCACGCUUGGAGUCACUCCUGUUAAUCACUCCGUUAUGUGCCUCCACUACUGUGUCCUGGGAGGUGUAUCCCUGUGGGGAAGGAGUGUAUCCAGUGGUUGGGAGGUCCAGUGGGGGUAGGGAGCUGAGUAAGUUAUCAGCAUUAUUUAAUUUCCCUGCCAGCAGAUAGAGUAAUGCAUCCACUAUAUGCCCACAGCAGGGAACAGUCCAUUCAUAAUCCUCCAGACGUACAAUAAAACUGUUAUUCAACAUGAGAAUUGUAUAGAACAGAACAGAGCAAACUGCCAGCAGACAUGAGUACUGCAUCCCCUAUAUCCACACAGCAGUGAACAGUCCAUUCAUAAUCUUCCAGAAAAGGUACAUAGAAAACCUUUAUUCCACAUGCCCAUGAUAUGUAUUAGUAUUGAGCUCAAAAGUAGUUGUAAAACUUUUAUUUCGCAGGAAAGCGAUUUUAAACAGUACAGAUCUAGCGGGCGCGAGUGCCGCGAGAUUCAAGAUGGCCACCCUUCGUGCGCAAAAGCAAAAGAGUCCCCCCGACAUCCCCAACCCCCAGAGACCUGCCCUGAAGUCCCAGCACCAGUGAAUAAAAAAUCGUGCUCACAGUAAAACGCUGCGAUCCGUGCAAGACCAGAGUAAAACAUAGGAAAGAAAAAAGUACCAGCAACAGAAAACCAAACAGGCUAAUAAAGCAGAAAAUACAGGGUUAAUUCGGGGGAAGGGUAACAGGGGGAGAAUAUCACACUAUACAAGUCCAAAUGGAAGGCAAGUGCAAAAUUAAUGAAAACCGUUUAGGCCAAAAUUGCAGGACAAGCCAAUAAAGUUUAACUAAAGUGUCCAUGCAUAUCCAGAAACAGUUUGGAGCAAAACUGAAUGUCUAGCAUUAAAAAUCUAACUAAAGUGACCAUAGCAAUAUUAAUAAAAACAGUUGGAGCAAACUGAAAGUCAAUUAAUAAAGUUUAAUUAAAGGGCCACUAUAGGCACCCAGACCACUUCAGCUUAAUGAAGUGGUCUGGGUGCCUGGUCCAGCUAGGAUUAACCCUUUUUUAUUUUUUAUUUUUUUAUAAACAUAGCAGUUUUAGAGAAACUGCUAUGUUUACACUGAGGGUUAAUCCAGCCUCUAGAGCCUCUAGUUGCUUUCUCAUUGCCAGCCGCUAGAGGCGCUUGCGUGCCUCUCACUGUGAAAAUCACAGUGAGAAGACGCCAACGUCCAUAGGAAAGCAUUGAGAAUGCUUUCCUAUGAACUGGCUGAAUGCGCGUGCGGCUCCUGCCGCGCAUGCGCAUUCAGCCGAUGACGUCGCUAGGAAGAAGGAGAGGAGGAAGAGGAAAGCUCCCCGCCCGGCGCUGGAGGAAGGUAAGAUUUUAACCCCUUUCUCUCCCAAAAGCCCGGCGGGAGGGGGUCCCUGAGGGUGGAGUAUGUUUUCAUUGCACUAUAGUGGUCCUUUAAAGUGACCAUUGCAAUAUCCAGAACACCAGUUUGGAUUAAAACUGAAUGUCUAGCAUAAGGUGUCUAACUAAAGUGACCAUAGCAAUAUUAAUAAAAUAACAGUUUGGAACAAACUGAAAGUUAAGCAAUAAAUGAUUAACUAAUGACAAUUUGCAAUAUCAGUAAAACAGUUUGGAGCAAAAUACUCUGACCUGUGCCUUGGCUGGAAGCAGCAAAGAAAGAGGAAGUCAUGUGUCUGUCAGGGCUUUAUAUAUGGAUGUGAUGCCUGUUACUGAUUGGUUUAAAGUUUUUUCUGAUUGACUUGUGCUGCUGGAGGCAUAAAGUAAAGAAAGCUAUGCAAAAUAUGAAGCCUCCUGUUAUGUGAUAAAAUUCAAAUUAAAUGAGUUUAUAGUGUGUGCCAUAUGGGAGCUGGAAGCUUCUGGUAAAAUUCUGGACUAAACAGGCCUGAGCAGUUUUUUUCAAUUAAACAAAACAUCUGUCUCAGCCUAGACAUGUUCCCAGCCUCACUGCAUUCAAAGGGUUAAAUUACAAAGGUUGUUUGGGGCUAAAUCUCACUACAAGCAACACAUAGGAAUCCCUGUGUGUGAGACGCGCUCUUAUCCCAUCAUGUUUGCCGUUAUUUAGAAUAAUAGAGUAACUUUGUACAGACUGUAUUUUCUGUUGCCCAAUUUCCUUCUCUCUGAAUAAAUGCUGAUUGAGUCGGUUUGUGUGUAGUUCCACUGUAGAUUUCUGGAAAUAAUUCUGUAUUGUCCUGGCACGUCUAGUGUCUGUUUAUAUCUGACUCUACAAUUUCAUGUGAGUCCACACCUGCACAAUUCAUUAUGUAUGGCACAUUUUUCCUAUCCUGUCUACACGCUCUGCUGAGUCUUACACCAGUCCCAGGGCAAAUAAACGUAGACAUUCUGAAAUUAAAAACUAAUCAGAAGGAAGUGCUGAAAUGCUUACUGACUGUUAAAUGUUAUGUAAUAUGGAUUACUUGAGUAUAUCUAAUUCUGACUAAUUAAAUUCAGAACUAGUUUUCUGUGCCUUGGCUCCCGGGCCAUGCCCGCCCAGGCCCCCCGACUCCGGAACCAGGCCCCCUGGAGAUGUCACACUCGGGUGCCCUGAGAUUUUGGCUAUUUGCACCUUGUGAGUUUGCCCUGUGCCCUUAAGUUUUUACUCUUAUAACAGCCUCAGAGGGAAUGGUCUGAUUACUAAGAUUUCAAAUUUUGGACAUUGAUAGGUGCUCUCUGCAUUGCUGGCAUGUUCAGAUUGAAGUUAGGUGGGCACAGCUCGGAUCUAAUCUGCCCAUUCUCCUAUCUAGUGGUGUGUUCCUCUUUCAGCUGCAAAGUUUAGCAGAUGGGCACAGCCACAGGUUCGGUGUCACCCAGUCAGAUAGCUGCUUGGUAAUGGCGAGCCUCCAGACUAAUAUAUUUACUUGGAGACCCUGGCUACCAACAUGUAAAACCAUCAAGCCAACUACUGUUUUUAUGAAACUGCAGACUGGUUCUCUGUGAUAACAUUAUACACAUCGCUAGCGUUUAUCAGUGUGUUUACUGCUCCCACUGGAAGCCAUGGGAUCCACUACCCUUUCUAUAUCACUGUUAGCCUUUACUUCUCCCACUGGAAGGCUAUUCCAGGUAUCUAUUACCCUUUUUGUAUCACUGUUAAUGCUAUCACUGGGAUCUACUACCCUUUCUAUAUCACUGUUACCGCUCCCACUGGGAGGCUAUUCCAGGUAUCUACUACCCUUUCUAUAUCACUGUUGACCUUUACUGCUCUCAGUGGAUGUACUAACCACUAUAUCUGCUCAUUCCAGAUGUCUUGAUAUCCACGUGUUUGUGCUCAGUAUAGAAUACAUUGAUAAUACCUUUCUAUAUGCUCAGUAUGUGUUGCUCACAGUAACAUUUGUCACCAAUUAUUGCUAUGUAUUUGUUUUACCUCCAGAAAAGCUCCUGGUUCUUACUGUAGCUACUGACCGUACAGAGGGAUAUGACCGGUUCCUGCGAACAGCAAAGCAUUUUAACUACACUAUACAUGUGAGUAAUGACCCCUAUGGUAUUGCUGUCUUGGCUCUUGCUCCAGCUCCUUUCCUCCCAUGUCCUUACCUUCUACGCCCUUACUCCUUCUCUCCUACACUCCUUCUCCCCUAUGCUCUUACACCGUCUCCCCUGCUCCUAUGCCCUUACAGCUUCUCCCCUGCCCCUAUGCCCUUACUCCUUCUCCCCUACCCCUAUGCCCUUCCCGUGCCCUCGCUCUUGCUCCUUUAUUUCUCCUGAUUUUCAUAUAUCCUGACUCGCUUUCCAUUCGGUCCAGACUCUAGGUUUGGGGCAGGAGUGGAAGGGAGGUGACGUUGCUCGUACAGUGGGAGGAGGCCAGAAGGUGCGAUGGUUGAAGGAAGAGUUGGAGAAAUACCAUGAGCAAGAGGACCUUGUUGUCAUGUUUGUAGACAGGUAAAUAGAUUGUUUGGGCAGCUGGUUGGUAGGAGGGAGAAAACAUGAGACUGCUUGAAAACUGGAAGCCUGAAGGUGAAGGAUUAGGUGUGGCUAAUUUUCCUCUCUGUUUAUUUUCUCCAUCCACCAUUUUUUCUUUCUCUACCAUCCACCUCACACUCCCGUUCCUCUAUCUCCACUACCCUCCACCUCACACUCCCGUUCCUCUAUCUCCACUACCCUCCACCUCACACUCCCGUUCCUAUAUCUCCACUACCCUCCACCUCAAACUCCCGUUCCUCUAUCUCCACUACCCUCCACCUCACACUCCCGUUCCUCUAUCUCCACUACCCUCCACCUCACACUCCCGUUCCUCUAUCUCCACUACCCUCCACCUCACACUCCCGUUCCUCUAUCUCCACUACCCUCCACCUCACACUCCCAUUCCUCUUUCUAUACUACCCUCAACCUCACACUCCCGUUCCUCUAUCUCCUCUAUCUCCACUACCCUCCACCUCACACUCCCGUUCCUCUAUCUCCACUACCCUCUAUCCCAUUCCUUCUCCAGUUAUGAUGUGAUUUUAGCUGGGAGUCCCAUUGAGCUUCUCUGGAAGUUCCAGCAAUUUGAUCACAAGGUGGUGUUCUCUGCGGAGGGUUUCUGCUGGCCAGACUGGUCCCUUGCUGAGAAGUAUCCAACCGUCGGCAAUGGAAAACGAUUUCUCAACUCUGGAGGUAGCUGGGCUCUCUGUCUUCCCUUGUCUGUCUCUGUCUGUGUCUGUCUCUGUCUGUAUUUACUGUAUCUAGGAAUAAGUGUAAGUGUGUAAAGAAAACACCGGAACAUAAUCUAUCCUACUGAAAUCACUUGCAUAAUAAAGUUAGCGCGUAAAAUAUAACAUUUAAAUAGUAUUAUUAAAAAGGUAAAAGCACCUAUAAACACGGGAAUACAAGGGAGGGUAAAAUAAAUACAGAGAAUAUUGCUCUAUAAUAUAAGUACAAUUACUAAGAGAAUACUUGCCGGCGAAACGUGCGUCGGGGCUCAGCUGCACUCCUUACCCUGUGCCAAAUAAACCCCUUAUCCUACAUUGAUAUCUUUAGACAAAUUUAGCUUUAGAUUCUUCUUAGUCAGAUCCAUUUGGUGUUUAUAACUUCAUCGUGUAGGAAGCUCGUUGGGGCUGGCAGGGAAAGAGUUCAGCUAUUGUAGUGCAUUUGCAGGAAUAAUUUGGACUCUGUAAUCCUUUCAGCUUAGCAAUAUAUUAGGUGCCCUCGAAGGCACAGAUUUAGGGUUAUAUACUAUUGAUAGAUAGUGUGGUAUCGAUCCACUGCCAGACAUUGACAGAGUGGACAUCACAAACACCCUUAUGUUACGUGCUACAUCUAACUAUGAGUACAACCUAUAUAAUCGAGUUUUGUUAUCCUAAACUUUUAGCAAAGAUAUCUAAGUCUACACGAUAUGUUAUUAUAUCCUUGCACUAUUAAUUAUAAUUUUGUUUUGAUUUGAUGUCUAGACUGUGGUAUUGAUAGGAAUUUAUCAGCCAGUUUGGAUUUAUCCAGACUAGACAUUUAGGCGAUAUCUCCCCUUCUCCUCCACGUGUGAGCGUUGCUCCAUUAUAUACAUUUAUUUUGGUUUGUUGUCACAGACCGCUAUAUGCUUAGAUGUUAGUUACAUGUUUCCAAUUAUGGACUUAACUGAAAUGUAACCAUUUAUAUGAUCUGCAGCUCAAGAAAAUGGUUUAUGGUUAUAUUUAAAGAAUUUACCGCUGGUCAUUUUCCCUUCUAAAUUACAAUAAGUAUUCUCUUAGUAAUUGUACUUAUAUUAUAGAGCAAUAUCCUCUAUAUUUAUUUUAUGUUAGUGAUUUCAUUUGAAUAGGUUAUCUUCCAAUGUUGUAUUUAAAAAAAAAACAUUUUCUAUAAGGGUUAUCCCCUCCAAUCUGCCCUAAGAUAUUUCCUAAGCGUACAUGCGAGUAGCUUCCUAUGGCGUUCUCUUUUUUGUAAGUGUGUAAAGACAUGUGACUAGAAUAAGAGGGGACCCAGUGUGACGGUAAUCACCAUUGCUGGGACCAUAUAAACUCUGCCCAUCUCUCUCUAGCAGCUAUGUUAGUUCCUUUUCCCCCCAGAGUUGAUCGACCUUGGGCUGGGAUUGCUGGUGGGAGUUUUGUCUGUCUGUUUGUGUCUGACAGCUCUUGUGAUUUCCAAGACGCCUCUUAUGUCUGUCACCCUAUGUUCAUUAUAGGUGCAGGGUGUGUAUUAUUGUUAUUUGUUAAAGGUUUUGUGUGCUCUCCUGUCCUGCUGAUGCUUUCAACCAAGUGGAUUUGGCUGUGGAGCCAUUACAUCGCCAUCUGUUGGUUGGGAACAAUCUUGCAAUCCUGUGCAGCGCCAUCUGCUGGUUGUUAAAGGAGCACUAUAGGGUGAGGAACACAAACCUGUAUUCCUGACCCUAUAGUGUUAAAACCACCAUGUGAUCCCUCUUGCCUCCCAAAUAUAGUAAAAUCUUACUUGUAUUCAUGUCUGAAGCUGAUGGCUCUACCCCUGUCUGCUGACAUCAUCAGGAGUGGUGGUCUAAGCCAAUCAGAGUGCUUCCCCAUAGGAGUGGCUGAGCUUGUCAAGAUCAGGGGCAGAGCCAGCAUGAUUCAAACACAGCCCUGGCCAAUCAGCAGCUCCUCAUAGAGAUGACUUGACUCAAUUUGACUCAUAUUCAGUUAGAUUUGCAUAUUAUGGUUUAGGCACACAGGGCUUCUUUCUUGUCAGUGUUUGUCUUACCUUUAUGAGUUCUAUGGGUGCCUGAUAUGGUUAUAUGUUUGUAAUUGAUCUCUUUCUCUCUUCCCGGCAGGGUUUAUUGGCUACGCACCCCAGCUCUAUCGUAUCGUGCAACUAUGGAAAUACAAAGAUGAUGACGACGAUCAGCUAUUUUACACCAAGGUUUACCUGGACUCAACUCUCAAGGUGAUCCUGUCUGUCUCUCACUCUCUGUUUGUUUAAACCGUUUAUUACUUCUUAUUUCGCUUCCCUGGCAGGAUUAAAAAAAUAAAUAAAUGUUUUGUUUUUUACUUUCUUGAUUCAGGAAAAAUUCAGUAUUACUCUGGAUCACAAGUCAAAAAUCUUCCAAAAUCUUAAUGGAGCCAUUGGUGAGUUAUAAGUUAUUUUUUACUUUUACCUAUUAGGAGAUGUCACUGACCCUAUAACUUAUAGGAAUCCCUGUGUGUGAGACGCUCUCUUAUCCCAUCAGAGGGAGCGUCACUGACCCUAUAACUUAUAGGAAUCCCUGUGUGUGAGAGGCUCUCUUAUCCCAUCAGAGGGGGCAUCACUGACCCUAUAACUUAUAGGAAUCCCUGUGUGUGAGACGCUCUCUUAUCCCAUCAGAGGGGAUGUCACUGACCCUAUAACUUAUAGGAAUCCCUGUGUGUGAGACGCUCUCUUAUCCCAUCAGAGGGGGAGUCACUGACCCUAUAACUUAUAGGAAUCCCUGUGUGUGAGACGCUCUCUUAUCCCAUCAGAGGGGUGUCACUGACCCUAUAACUUAUAGGAAUCCCUGUGUGAGACGCUCUCUUAUCCCAUCAGAGGGGGAGUCACUGACCCUAUAACUUAUAGGAAUCCCUGUGUGUGAGAUGCUCUCUUAUCCCAUCAGAGGGGGCGUCACUGACCCUAUAACUUAUAGGAAUCCCUGUGUGUGAGACGCUCUCUUAUCCCAUCAGUGGGGACGUCACUGACCCUAUAACUUAUAGGAAUCCCUGUGUGUGAGACGCUCUCUUAUCCCAUCAGAGGGAGCGUCACUGACCCUAUAACUUAUAGGAACCCCUGUGUGUGAGACGCUCUCUUAUCCCAUCAGAGGGGGCGUCACUGACCCUAUAACUUAUAGGAAUCCCUGUGUGUGAGACGCUCUCUUAUCCCAUCAGAGGGGGCGUCACUGACCCUAUAACUUAUAGGAAUCCCUGUGUGUGAGACUCUCUCUUAUCCCAUCAGAGGGGGCGUCACUGACCCUAUAACUUAUAGGAAUCCCUGUGUGUGAGACGCUCUUUUAUCCCAUCAGAGGGGGCGUCACUGACCCUCUAACUUAUAGGAAUCCCUGUGUGUGAGACGCUCUCUUUUCCCAUCAGAGGGGACGUCACUGACCCUAUAACUUAUAGGAAUCCCUGUGUGUGAGACGCUCUUUUAUCCCAUCAGAGGGGGCGUCACUGACCCUAUAACUUAUACGAAUCCCUGUGUGUGAGACGCUCUUAUCCCAUCAGAGGGAGCGUCACUGACCCUAUAACUUAUAGGAAUCCCUGUGUGUGAGACGCUCUCUUUUCCCAUCAGGGGGUCGGGGGGGGGAGUGUUAAGUCACUGUUAUGUUGCAAUUUCCCUUUUUUCCUGCAGAUGAAGUUGUCCUAAAAUUUGAGAGCAAUAAAGUUCGUGCUCGGAAUGUAGCAUUUGACACAAUGCCUGUAGUAAUACAUGGAAACGGACCUACAAAGGUACUCUCUGCCCUGUUCUGUCUGUCUCCUAUUUGUCUGGUUUUCUUUUUAUAUUCUUUUUGUAUUUGCAGUUCUCACCCCUGAUCCCAAAGUUAGCUGUGGGAACUCUGUGUUCUCUGGCACCCAUCACUCCUUGUACUUAGAUGGCAGUAUUUAGUUCCCCUCCCACCACAUUAUAUGCUGUAAUAUGAGUCCUCCUAAAAAAAGCAAAGCUAAGACGUGUUCUGUAAGGGAGGACUUUAUGCAUAGUCUUGGCUGCUCACUGCCAUGAGAAUUGACCUAUAUUAAAAUUUUUUUUUAUAAAUAAAUAGAUCCUUAACAUGAUUUGCUUUUGAAAGCAUGUGUCAUCACAGUAACACAGCGCUGUUUUACAAAGCAUUAAAUCAAUUUGAAAGCUUCAGGAAAGGUAUAAAAGAAUAGAACAAAGUUAUGUCACUAAAAUAUCAAAUUGUCAAUGGAUAUAUUUUUAUGGAUGAUGGGAGAUUGUCCUUUGUAGUUUGGAUGCGUAAUGAUCCGGUUCAGAGAAAGGAUCUCUGUCCCAGGUUUGAGGUCCAUAUAGGGCAAGGUAAAAAAAUAUGUAUUGUGAUAUUCAGAAGAGCCUGAGUGCAUUAUGGUCAGGUGGGUCAAGCCUCUAUUCAUACAGAGUGACACAAAGUAGUAAGUAUUGCUGACUAAGAUACAGGAAGGUUUGAAUUGUCUCUGUAAAGAGUGAAAAAAAGGAAUGGUUAUUGGGAUGUUUGAUGUCCUGUGUAAUUAAACCCAUUUCUCUUUCAGUUGCAGUUGAAUUAUUUAGCAAACUAUGUGCCAAACGCCUGGACCAAUGAGGGGGGAUGUGAGAUUUGUGAUGAUAACCUGCUGGACCUGUCUGAUCUGGAGGUGAGAGAAACCUUAUUAUACUAUACACAGUGUGGCAGAGUCAGAGUGGCUUUCUAUGUAAGUAACAGAUUGGAGCGCUCUCUAUUUCCUGCAUGAUAGGGUUAGUUGGUGGAAGUAAUUAACCUGCACUGGGGAUUUAAAAGGUCAGCCUCUAAAGGCAUCAGCGAGUCUAACAGCUGGGAGAGAAGAGGCAGUUAAACCUGAGAUUCUAAAGGAAAAGGUACUGUGUAAAAGCCUGCUUAACCCCUUCAGGACCGUCAUUUGCAUUUUUGUGUUGCCGAUCGAUGACGGUCCUGAACCGUCACAGCGGUCUUAUGUACUUACCCGAUCGCUGUCGUUCCCCCGGCGGCGAUCAGCGGUGCUCCCAGUGUGGGGAGACUGCCUGCAGCCCAAACAGUCACCCCAUGGCAGAUUAGGACCCUGGGGGCCAUGUGAUCGCUCAACAGAGCGAUCACAUGGUCACAAUAGGUGUCCUAGUGUCUGCCUGCCGGAGGACUGCCUGUGCUGAUGGGCAGUCUCCCUGCAAGUGUAAAAUCAAAAAAAAAAAAAUACACGUAAAUGUUAAUAAAAAAUAUAUAAUUAUGUAUGUGUAUAUAAAUAUGAUAUAUAGACAUAUAUUAUAUCUAAUAUGUCUAUAUACAUAUAUAUGUCAUACUACGUGUAUUUUUAUACUAAUAUAUACAUAUAUUAAUAUAAAAAUACACUUAUAAUUACAUUACACACGUAGAUAUACAAUAACUAUAUAUAUUGUGUUUAUAUUUAUUAUUAUAAAAUACAAAUAAUAAGUAAAUUAAAUUAAAAAAAGUAAAAAUAAUAAAAUUAUAUCUAUAUGAAAUUUUAUUCUAACUGUAUUUUGAUAUUAAUAUAUUUAUAUCAAAAUACACUUAGAAUGAAAUUGUGUGUGUGUAUAUAAAUAUAAAUAUAUAUAUAUAUAUAUAUAUAUAUAUCUAUGUAUGUAUAAAUAAAUAAAAAUAAUACGAAAUAUACAUAUGUCCAUAUACAAAAUUGCAUAAAUAAUUAUAUAAAUAUACACGUAGACUUCAAAUAUAUAAAUAUGCAUAUAUAUUUUAAUUCUACGUGCGUAUUUAUGUAAUAUUUUUACAUUAAUAAGUAAUUUUAUUGAUUGCAAUUUGAGGGACCUGCCUGCCAACCCAGGCCGCAAGUCCAGAGAAUUUAAUUUGCUAGCACUGUGUUUAACCCUGUAACUUUCUAUGACACCCUAAAACCUGUACAUGGGGGGUAUUGUUUUACUCUGGAGACUUCGCUGAACACAAAUAUUAGUGUUUCAAAACAGUAAAACAUAUCACAGCGAUGAUAUUGUCAGUGAAAGUGACUUUUUUUGCGUUUUUAACACACAAACAGCACUUUUACUGAUGAUAUAAUUGUUGUGAUACGUUUUCCAGUUUUUAAACACUAAUAUUUGUGUUCAGCAAAGUCUCCUGAGUAUAACAGUACCCCCCAUUAACAGGUUUUAUAGCGUUUUUGAAAGUUAUUGGGUUAAAUAUAUGGGUCAACUAUUUUUACAUUGAAAAUUGCCAGGUUGGUUACUUUGCCUUUGAGAUGGUGUGGUAGCCCAGGAAUGAGAAUUAGCCCCAUGAUGGCAUACCAUUUGCCAUAGUAGACAACCCAAGGUAUUGCAAAUGGGGUAUGUCCAGUCUUUUUUAGUAGCCACUUGAGUCACAAACACUGGCUAAACUUAGCGUUCAAUUUAGUUUUUUACUUUUCUCACACACAAACAAAUAUGAACGCUAACUUUGGCCAGUGUUUGUGACUACUAAAAAAGUCUGGACAUAUCCCAUAUUGAAUACCAUGGGUUGUCUACUUUAAAAAAAAAUAUGUACAUGUGGAGUGUUAUUCAGAGAUUUAUGACAGAUAAUAGUGUUACAAUGUUACUAUUGAUAAAUUUUAGAAAUGUAUGUUUUGAAACCGCAAUAUCCUACUUGUAUUUAUAGCUUAGUAGUUUUUUUUUUCAUUAGCUUUUGUAGAUGAGUAAAAGAUUUUUCAAGUAAAAGUAAAAAAAAAACCAUGUUUUUCUUUAAAUUUUUCAUCCUAUAUUUUUAUUAUUUUUAAAUUAAAUGAGAUUAUAUAAAUAAUGGUAUGUAAAGAAAGCCCUUUUUGUCCUGAAAAAAACCCAUAUAUAAUUUGUAUGGGAACAGUAAAUGGUAGAGAGGAAAAUUACAGCUAAACACAAACACCACAAAAGUGUAAAAAGAUGCCUGGUCGCAAAUGUACAACAUCGCAAAAACAGUCCGGUCCUUAAGGGGUUAAAGUGCUGUGUUUAAAUUGUUUACAACUGGGAACUGGAUUAGCUGGCCAGUUGGAUAGUUAGGAAUACUGCUGUUUAGUAAGUCUCCGAGUUGGAGUAGGAUUUAUUUUCUUUUUUGUUAAAUUUAUUUCUGUGAAGCACAGCAUUGUAUAACCUGUGGAAAGUGCAACUAAACUGCAGUACUACUUUAUCCUAAAGCUUGCAUUUGGAGUUUAUUGUCAAGAGCCUGGCCCUCCCGCCACACCAGGUAGCCGGGAUCUGUUAGUAUAUUUUAAUUUACAGUCUGAAAAGCAACCGUAACCGCUCUGCUGGACAGAUUAGAACUUCUUCUGGUCCUCUUACUAGGACUGGGUGUUUAGAUCGAUACACAGACAGAACCAUUACAGAUACCCACAGACCGACAAGAGCCGUUACAGGCUCCUUGUGUUUAUCUACCACAGAUACCCACAGACAGACAGAGCCGUUACAGGCUCCUUGUGUUUAUCUACCACAGAUACCCACAGACAGACAGAGCCGUUACCGGCUCCUUGUGUUUAUCUACCACAGAUACCCACAGACAGACAGAGCCAUUACCGGCUCCUUGUGUUUAUCUACCACAGAUACCCACAGACAGACACAGCCAUUACCGGCUCCUUGUGUUUAUCUACCACAGAUACCCACAGACAGACAGAGCCAUUACCGGCUCUUUGUGUUUAUCUACCACAGAUACCCACAGACAGACAGAGCCAUUACCGGCUCCUUGUGUUUAUCUACCACAGAUACCCACAGACAGACAGAGCCAUUACCGGCUCCUUGUGUUUAUCUACCACAGAUACCCACAGACAGACAGAGCCAUUACCGGCUCCUUGUGUUUAUCUACCACAGAUACCCACAGACAGACAGAGCCAUUACCGGCUCCUUGUGUUUAUCUACCACAGAUACCCACAGACAGACAGAGCCAUUACCGGCUCCUUGUGUUUAUCUACCACAGAUACCCACAGACAGACAGAGCCAUUAUCGGCUCUUUGUGUUUAUCUACCACAGAUACCCACAGACAGACAGAGCCGUUACAGGCUCUUUGUGUUUAUCUACCACAGAUACCCUGUGCCCAGCCUUCAAUGUUUACAGAUCGUACCAUUGCCAGAUAUUAUCCACUACUGGACCCUAUGCUUAGGCAUGUAACCGUGUCUGUCUGGCAUCUGAUGAACCGUUCCAGAUGUUCCUGUGUUUAAAUGGGACAAUGUCUGCCAUGUUAAUGGUUUCAGAUGUCUGAUCUCAUAGCUAGAACUAGGAACAUAGCAGCUGUGCACUGUCUCACAAACCUAAUGUGACAGAGCAGACUUUUCAUCCGGUAUUACCGGAAUGGGCUGAGCUGGCUUUCUGUGAGGUACUACCAGAUUGGUUCAAGCUGGCUGUCCGUCAGGUAAUACCGGAAUGGGUCGAGCUGGCUCUGUCAGGUGCUCCCAGAUUGGUUCAAGCUGGCUGUCCGUCAGGUGCUACCAGAUUGGUUCAAGCUGGCUCUCUUGUCAGGUGCUACCGGAAUGGGCUGAGCUGGCUCUCUUGUCAGGUAAUACCGGAAUGGGUCGAGCUGGCUCUCUGUCAGGUGCUACCAGGUUGGUUCAAGCUGGCUGUCCAUCAGGUAAUACGGGAAUGGGUCGAGCUGGCUCUCUUGUCAGGUGCUACCAGAAUGGGCUAAGCUGGCUCUCUUGUCAGGUAAUAGCGGAAUGGGCUGAGCUGGUUUUACUUGAGGUACUACCAGGUGAUAUAUAACUUUAUUUUCUCUCUCCUGUAGGACGAUGCUUUGCCUCGUAUUCUUCUUGGAAUUUUCAUUGAGCAGCCAACACCAUUCCUCCCUCAAUUUCUGGAGAGAGUGGCCACGUUGGACUACCCACGAAAUCGCCUCUUACUCUACAUUCAUAACAGUGUGAGUUCCCAUCUACCCUGAACCUCUAAUCCCUUCCUCCCCUCCAAAAAGCAUAUUUACAGCGAAGUGUCUAAAAAUAUCUGUCUGUCCAUUCUCACACAGAAAUAAGUCAAGUGACACAACCAGUACAAUAAACUUUGGGAAAUUGUAUAAAGAGAUUAGUGUCUUUAUGCACGUACUGAAUUUUAACACACAUGUCAACACUUUCUAGCGUGCUGCUCCGGGCAGCUUACAUUUGUGAUGGUCAGUUAGUUAAUAUUAAGUAUAUGGUGUCGGCCCUUGCCCACAACUAAAGUAUAAUAGAAAUUUCGGUUUGUCGUCUUCACUAAUCAAUAAAUAAAGUUUGAUACCCUCUCCUGUGCACAGAGCAUUAUAACCAUGUGUAGCGUGUUCACUAGGCUAUGGAAUCACCGUUUUAUAGACCUGGGAGGGAGACAAACAUUGGGACAAAGUCAUGUAAAAAUAGAUUUCCUGCAUUUCCGGUGCCAUCUUGUGAUUCUUGUGUCUCCCUGUAGCUCAGCUCUCCGGCAGAGCUGAGACUACUCACCUGCAAUGUCUCCACACAAGAGCAAAAGGCUCACCGACAAGGGAGACAAAAAUUCCUCCUUUGAUGUGAAAAACCAGCCCCCAGUAAGGCUAUGGAUAGACAAACGCUAACCACUAGCCCCAUAAACAAGGCGCUCGUGGCACUAAAUGCCAAACCAGGUGAACGCAUAAACUAAGGUGUUACCUUAGACUUCAAAAUAAAAAUAAAAUAAAAGUUUAUAACCAGUUAGGUAUACAACCCUCUUGCAUACUAAGGGUCACAAAGUAUUAAUAUUCCCACAUUCUAACUAGCUGGUGAAAACCACCAAGCACCGAAAUGGAAGCAGAUUUCUUCUACCCCCACAGCACCACACAUUGGUGCCCCGCCUUAAAUUAGGCACGUUUUUAUGUUGUGUUUUGUUACCUAUUUUUAUUAUGUUUUAAGUUGGCAACCGAAUGGAUUUUUAUGCCCCCAAGAAGGUCCGGAGACAAGACUGGGUCCGGGGCACAUAAAAGGUCCAAAGAGUCGUCUAACCAAUUACUAAAACCGAGGGGAGAGCCUCCCAGCUUGAUUGCGCUGGGAAGAGAGGUGCUCCUCAAUCUAAUGUUAACACAUGUUUCAAGCCACACUAUAGUCUACCAACCCCCAUGAAAGUAUACACUUAUAAUGUGAAAGGACUGAGUGUCCCUGCUAAAAUAUACUUAUUGCGGAAGGAACUCAGGUCCCACAGACUGAACGUGGAGACACACUUUAAGACCCAGACUCAUUCCCUACUGUUCCAACAAGACUACCCCCACCAAUUCCACGCAACAAUUCUCUCUCACUAAAUCGAGAGGAACCUCCAUAUUUAUUAGCAAAGACGUAGCCUUCACUCUCCACAGCCAGGUCAGAGAUGAUUAGGGCAGAUAUGUUAUCGUUAUUGGCACAUUUAAUCAUGUACUAUACACUAGCGUCACUAGUAUCUAUGCCCCUAACAGGGAGCAACGUAAUUUUCUCCACAAAAUAUUAUACAAAUUCGGCUCUCUCCAACAAGGCAUAAGUUUGAUUUGCAGACACCUCAAUCACGUGCUAGCUCCGUUCGUGAUCUCUACGAUGUCACCCUCCAAACCAAGAAUGCGUCCACUAAAACGGCAAAGCAAGGCCUUAGUGAAACUACUUCACACGCAUCAUUACUAUGAUGCAUGGAGAACAAUCCAUGUAGAAGAAAGGGGAUAUACAUUCUUCUCAAACUUACACAACACCCAUUCCCGCAUAGAUGGCUUUUUAAUACAGGGAUCACACCUUACUCAAGUAGAUAGUUGCGUCAUAAGCCAGAUCUCGUGAUCUGACCACACCCCGGUGCUCCUGGAGGACUUAUUCGACCCGACUCACAGCAGCCCAUGGAGACUUAAUGAGUCACUACUCACAGACCUUCAAUUUACAACAGAAUUGGAGACAGACAUACAAUGAUAUUUUACAGACAAAACGACACAAGGCAUCUCACACAACACAAUGUGGCAAGCACACAACUGAUCAACUGAGAAAGUGGCAAACCGAACUAGCCAACCUUACUAACACAAACCAAAUUUCUCCUUCUGAGGGGCUGAGUACAAAUAUACCAACUAAGGCCCUAGACAAAACUAGUUACUUACUUUCAAGACUAAAAGCAACCUCCUAUUCACAAGGCAACAAGGUGGGAAAACUGGUAGCGUGAUAGCUAAAAGCCAGGCAAACUGCGCAAAAAAUAGUACCCUUAAUGACACCAGAGGGACACGAAGCAAUGUUUCAGUCCAAUCUUGACAUAUUAAGAAAAGUUUGGUAAUGGGACUGAAAUGGUGAAUGUAUGCCGUUGCACAGCUGUAAAAAAUCAAUGAUGUUAUCUUGUUGAUUUAGAAGGUCUCUGAGUGUGUUCUUCACUUUCGCUGAGAUCAUCAAACUUGAUGUCAGCCAAUCCAAUGCUUUCCCAUAAGAAAGCAUUGGGAGGCUAUUGUGCACGUGUGGCAAAAAGCUGCACAGCCAAUCAGCAUUUCCAUGGGGAGUGUUCAGUGCCUCCAUGCAGACCCAAUCUAAUACACUGCCUUCCCUCCCCAAAUAUAAUACACUGCCCCCCUCUACUCUGAUACACUAGCCCCUCCACCCAAUCUAAUACACUGCCUUCCCUCCACCCAAUCUAAUACACUGCCUUCCCUCCCCAAAUAUAAUACACUGCCCCCCUCCACUCUGAUACACUAGCCCCUCCACCCAAUCUAAUACACUGCCUUCCCUCCACCCAAUCUAAUACACUGCCUUCCCUCCCCAAAUAUAAUACACUGCCCCCCUCCACUCUGAUACACUGCCCCCUCCACCCAAUCUAAUACACUGCCUUUCCCUCUCACCACCACAGCACGAAGUGGCCACAGGGCAGGUGGGCCGCACAUCUAUUCAUGCCAAGUUUGACAUGUUUUAUUCUGGUCUCCUGGUGCAGUCUAUAUGUGGGCAUUAAUACCUGCUGUAACUCCAGCACUGCCUGUGUCCGGAAUCUAGUUCUUUGUUAUCCAGAUGAUCCAUAGUAGAUGUUUUAUUCUUGUCUCCCGGUGCAGUCUAUAUGUGGGCAUUAAUACCUGCUGUAACUGCAGCACUGCCUGUGUCUGGAAUCUUGUUCUUCGUUAUCCAGAUGAUCCAUAAUAGAUGUUUUAUUCUGGUCUCCUGGUGCAGUAUAAUAUGUGGGCAUUAAUACCUGCUGUAACUCCAGCACUGCCUGUGUCUGGAAUCUUGUUCUUCGUUAUCCAGAUGAUCCAUAGUAGAUGUUUUAUUCUGGUCUCCUGGUGCAGUAUAAUAUGUGGGCAUUAAUACCUGCUGUAAUUCCAGCACUGCCUGUGUCUGGAAUCUUGUUCUUCGUUAUCCAGAUGAUCCAUAGUAGAUGUUUUAUUCUGGUCUCCUGGUGCAGUCUAUAUGUGGGCAUUAAUACCUGCUGUAAUUCCAGCACUGCCUGUGUCCGGAAUCUAGUUCUUCGUUAUCCAGAUGAUCCAUAGUAGAUGUUUUAUUUUGGUCUCCUGGUGCAGUCUAUAUGUGGGCAUUAAUACCUGCUGUAACUCCAGCACUGCCUGUGUCUGGAAUCUUGUUCUUUGUUAUCCAGGUGAUCCAUAGUAGAUGUUUUAUUUUGGUCUCCUGGUGCAGUCUAUAUGUGGGCAUUAAUACCUGCUGUAACUCCAGCACUGCCUGUGUCUGGAAUCUUGUUCUUCGUUAUCCAGAUGAUCCAUAGUAGAUGUUUUAUUCUGGUCUCCUGGUGCAGUCUAUAUGUGGGCAUUAAUACCUGCUGUAAUUCCAGCACUGCCUGUGUCUGGAAUCUAGUUCUUCGUUAUCCAGAUGAUCCAUAGUAGAUGUUUUAUUUUGGUCUCCUGGUGCAGUCUAUAUGUGGGCAUUAAUACCUGCUGUAACUCCAGCACUGCCUGUGUCUGGAAUCUUGUUCUUUGUUAUCCAGGUGAUCCAUAGUAGAUGUUUUAUUUUGGUCUCCCGGUGCAGUCUAUAUGUGGGCAUUAAUACCCGCUGUAACUCCAGCACUGCCUGUGUCUGGAAUCUAGUUCUUCGUAAUCCAGAUGAUCCAUAAUAGAUGUUUGCAGUCUAUAUGUGGGCAUUAAUACCUGCUUUAACUCCAGCACUGCCUGUGUAUGGAAUCUAGUUCUUCGUUAUCCAGAUGAUCCAUAGUAGAUGUUUUAUUCUGGUCUCCUGAUCAUCCAGUUUAUUUUUUAGUUGUUAAAAUAUGGAUGUUCUCUUCUUCUCUUACCAAACUGUACAAUUUUCCCUCCGUACAGGAAGUUUAUCAUGAAAAGCACAUCCAGGCUUUCUGGGACAAGCACAAGGAGGAGUUUUCCAGCAUCAAAAUUGUGGGACCUGAGGAAGCUUUGAGUCAGGGCGAGGCAAGAGAUAUGGGGAUGUGAGUACCCAAAAUAAUAAAACCCCGGUCCUGCACUGUGUGUGCGUCCCCAUACCACGUGUGCAAACACUGUGUGUGCGUCCCCAUACCACGUGUGCAAACACUGUGUGUGCGUCCCCAUGCCACGUGUGCAAACACUGUGUGUGCGUCCCCAUGCCACGUGUGCAAACACUGUGUGUGCGUCCCCAUACCAUGUGUAGCUUUAUGACUUUUUCUGUCUCCCACAGGGACCUCUGUCGUCAGGAUGACACCUGUGGCUACUAUUUCAGUCUGGACGCAGAUGUUGUAAUCACAAAUCCUGAGACUCUGUAUAUGCUGAUCCAGGAGAACAAGUGAGAUGCCGAGGGGGAGGGGGGGUUGUGCACAAUGGGAAGGGUAUAAGGAUAAAUCCAGAUUUAUAUUCUGAAUAUCAUGUGUUACUUGCCUGACAUGGAACCUCUGUUCUCCUCACUGUUCACAGGAAGGUUAUUGCCCCAAUGGUGUCCCGUGCCGGAAAACUAUGGUCCAACUUCUGGGGAGCACUCAGUCCGGAGGGAUACUACGCUCGAUCUGAGGACUAUGUAGAUAUAGUGCAAGGAAAAAGAGUGUAAGCGCUCCUGUGUCACCCUGCGGGGUGAGGAACAUGCUGAUAGAGUACACUGUCUGUGCUAUUGUCACUCUGUUGGAGGAGAGACAAACUGAUAGCACCCCCUAUCUGGGCCAAUGUCACUCUGUUUGAGGAGGGACAGACUGAUUGCACCAGUGUCACUCUGUUGGGGGAGGGACAGACUGAUAGCGACCCUCAUCUAUGUGAAUGUCACUCUGUUGGGCCCCCCUAUCUAUGUGAAUGUCACUCUGUUGGGCCCCCCUAUCUAUGUGAAUGUCACUCUGUUGGGGGAGUGGCAGACUGAUAGCGCCCCCUAUCUAUGUCAAUGUCACUCUGUUGGGGAAGGGACAGACUGAUAGCGCCCCUCAUCUAUGUCAAUGCCACUCUGUUGGGCCCCCCUAUCUAUGUCAAUGUCUCUCUGUUGGGGGAGUGGCAGACUGAUAGUGCCCCCUAUCUAUGUCAAUGUCUCUCUGUUGGGGGAGUGGCAGACUGAUCGCGCCCCUUAUCUAUGUCAAUGUCACUCUGUUGGGGGAGUGGCAGACUGAUAGCGCCCCCUAUCUAUGUCAAUGUCACUCUGUUGGGGAAGGGACAGACUGAUAGCGCCCCUCAUCUAUGUCAAUGCCACUCUGUUGGGCCCCCCUAUCUAUGUCAAUGUCUCUCUGUUGGGGGAGUGGCAGACUGAUAGCGCCCCCUAUCUAUGUCAAUGUCUUUCUGUUGGGGGAGUGGCAGACUGAUAGCGCCCCUUAUCUAUGUCAAUGUCAUUCUGUUGGGGGAGUGGCAGACUGAUAGCGCCCCUUAUCUAUGUCAAUGUCACUCUGGGGGAGUGGCAGACUGAUAGCGCCCCUUAUCUUUGUCAAUGUCACUCUGUUUGAGGAGGGACAGACUGAUCCCGCCAGUGUCACUCUGUUGGGGGAGGGACAGACUGAUAGCGCCCCCUAUCUAUGUCAGUGCUACUCUGUUGGGGAGUGGCAGACUGAUGGUGCCCCUUAUCUAUGUCAAUGUCACUCUGUUGAGGUAGUUCCAGACUGAUAGCGCCCCCUAUCUAUGUCAAUGUCACUGUGUUGGGCCCCCCUAUCUAUGUCAAUGUCACUCUGUUGGGGGAGUGGAAGACUGAUAGCGCCCCCUAUCUAUGUCAAUGUGUCUCUGUUGGGGGAGUGGCAGACUGAUAGCGCCCCUUAUCUAUGUCAAUGUCACUCUGUUGGGGGAGGGACUGACUCAGUCCCCUUUGUUCUCUGUCACCAGGGGGGGUGUGAGUGGAGGGUUCAUGCUCCGCCUUCUUUAUUGAUAAUGUAUUCUUCUUCCAGGGGUGUGUGGAAUGUGCCAUAUAUCGCUCAUGUUUAUCUAAUAAGAGGAGAGACUCUGCGCCGUGAACUUUUGCACAAAAACAUCUUCACCUCCUCCCAAACAGACCCCGAUAUGGCAUUUUGUAAGAGUGUACGAGAUAAAGUAAGCAAUAGUCUGACUUGUCUAAUGUAUCAUCAUAAUGUAUUUAUUUACAUGAUUCAUUAUAUUACUAGAAAAGGUCUAACCUGGCAAACUAAGAAUACUGUCCGUCAGUCACCCAGUCUGUCAUUUCAGGGUGUGUUCCUCCACAUCAGUAACAGAGAUGAAUUUGGACGUCUGAUCUCCACAUCCAGAUACAAUACAUCCCACCUACACAAUGACCUGUGGCAGAUCUUCGAGAACCCAGUGGUGAGAAAGGAAGAUUGGGAGAGGUUGCAGGAUUAUUGGGGAGAAUAGUGGAAAGACAGGGAUAUUGAAUGACUACUUUAGGUAGAUUGGUAGAAAGUAAGAGUAAGAGAUUGUGCAGCCAAUGGGGAAAGUUUGGGAUAUUGGGAUACUACUUUAGGUAGAAUGAUAGAGAGUAAGAGAUUGUGCAGCCAACAGGGUAAGAGAUAAACUGGGGGUCGAUUUUGGGGGUGUAGAGUGCAAGUCUGAUCAAAGUUUGUCUAUUUCUCUUGAUUUUAUCCUAAUCCCGAUAUCAUUACAUCUCCAGGAUUGGAAGGAGAAAUAUAUUCAUGAGGAUUACUCCAAGGUAUUUGAGGAGGAUUACUACGAACAGGUAAUUAUCAAAUUCCUCCCUUCAUAACUGUUGUGGCUUUGAGAGGGGGGGGAUUUGCUUAUAUAACGCACCAUGCGCACAAACACCCUAACAGGGUUUCCAUCGGAGACCCCUUCUCCUGAACAGGCUACGGUACAUCAUUAAAAAAACAAAACCACAUACAUAAAGCAUGACUAUUUGUGUACUGGCAUUGCUUUCUCUGGGUGCAGGAAAUGUAGAAACAGAAAUUAAUUAAAAUAGUCCUUUACUUGUCAGCUCUUGCAUUUGAUUGCAGUUGAUGUUGUGUGUUUUGUUUUUAUUUUGGCAGCCCUGCCCUGAUGUUUACUGGUUCCCCAUUUUUAAUGAUGUAAUGUGCGAUGAAUUUGUGGAAGAGAUGGAGAAUUUUGGGCAGUGGUCAGGUGGCAGGAACGAGGUAAGCUGAGCCUGUGAUGUGAGGGCGUUACUGUUCCCGUGAUAGCCCCAGUUUUCCUCACCCCAUAUCUGUUCACAUGAUGAGCAAUAUGAUGGACUUCAUUAGAGAACCCAGACUGUAAACACCUCAUUAUCUUCUGUGUCUAACUUGGCUGGUUUCAUAGUUACAUAGAAAUCUAAGUUUAAAAAAAGACACAAAUCCGUUGAGUUAAGCCUUUUAAACACAUUUAUGCUGUUGAUACAAAAGAAGGCCGAUAAAAAAUAAAAUUAUUUGAAGUGAUGGACAAUUGUAUAUUAUGCUAGCUUUAGUGUACCUAUAAUAUUAAUUUUAUUGAUGACAGGAACCGAAUAUAUCCUUAAGUCUCUCUUUACUAGAACUCCACAGCAGCACAUUAACACAGAGAAAAAAACAACCAAUCAGAAAAACGUUGGGUACAAUAAAACUCCCCUCCCCACACACAACUUCCUCUUUCAAGCUGCGACAAAAACAGAACAAAAGGCAGAAAAAAAAAGUCCUAGGAUAAAAUGAAUGCAACAACGUCAUCCAUCCGAGAAGAAAUAUCAAACAUGGCACCAAGGACUGACUGUAAACUGAAACAAGAGAAACAGAAUCGAAAGGACUGGUUAGAUAAUGAAAUGUACUCUGAACAAACAUGCAGGCGCCCAGCGUAACAACCAAAAUUACAGUAAUAUACAGAGAUCCCAAACCUUAGGUAGGAAGCGGGAACAUGAACAAGUGACAGGUAGCAGAGACAACAAGCAGAGUUGUAUACUCACCUGAUUACCCCAAACAUCUGACAACUAACUAAACAAGGGAAGGUAUGAAAUAGGGAGGGAAAUAUUCGUCUCCUGUCAUUAAUAAAAUUAAGAUUAUAGGUACACUAAAGCUAGUAUAAUCUACAAUUUUAUAACAUGACAGGAGGGUUCAUAUUUGCUGUUUUAACGCUCAGCCAACAAAUCAAACGAUGCUUGUGUCGCUGGCAAGUAAUCUCGGGUAUAAUGAAAUUAGACCCGAAUGGACCCAUCAACCGCGAGGUGUGAUGUAAGAUCGAUCGAUGAAGAUGCCCGUCGUUGAUGAUCCUCCAAGAGCGGACCAGAACCCAAAACGCUGUUAGAUUCGCUGUUCUUGGGAAGCUGUGAUCUUUUUCCGUCAAGGAGGUUGAUGUCCUGUAAUGCCAACAUGAUGACCAUGGCUUGGGCUAGCGAAGGAAACUGCUAUCUGUACUCCCUUCUUGAUGUAGAAGGUGGCUUCUCCGAUCAUCCAAGGGUCACGCCUGUAGUUCUCCAACCACAAGAUUCGCGUCUGAGUCCACGAUAAAGAUUGGGACAAGACAGGACAGGACCGAACAGAGCCUCUCUGUUCCCCUUGAUCUACGAAGCGAGUGUUUUUACCCGAGAAAUCUACCACGUGGGCUAGUGUGCGGAGGGGCAUCUGGUUGACUCCAAUAGGUAGAGGUUAGUCUUGGAGGCAAUAAGCUUUCCUAAAGAGAUGGGUUUUAAGGCACUUCUUAAAAGAUGCAAGAGAGUCUGAUGGCGGUAGCAGGCUAUUCCAUAGGAAGGGAGCCGCCCGCGAGAAGUCCUGCAAGCGUGAGUUGGCCGUACGGGUGCGGACAACGGACAGAAGGUGGUCACGGGCAGAGUGGAGAGACCGAGAUGGGACAUACCUAUGGAUCUGUGAGGAGAUAUAAGAGGGGCUAGAGUAGUUCAGUGCUUUAUAGGUGUGAAUUAGUACAUUGAAUUUACUUCUAUAGCAUACAGGAAGUGUGAGGUGUGAGAGAGACGACUAGAGAGGAAAAUCAGUCUGGCAGCAGCGUUCAUUAUGGACUGUAGCGGUGCAGUACGGCUUUUGGGAAGACCAAUCAGGAGAGGGUUACAAUAAUCCAUGCAGGAAAUUACUAGAGCAUGGACAAGCUCCUUGGUAGCAUCUUGUUUAAGAAAGGGGCGGAUGCGGGCUAUGUUUUUAAGAUGGAAUCUACAGAAUUUGGCAACAUUCUGGAUGUGAGGCUCAAAGGUGAGGCAAGACUCAAGUAUGACUCCAAGACAGCACGCUUGCAAGGAUGGACUGAUGUGGGUACCACAGACUUGAAGGGAGAGCGAAAGAGGAGGAUCAGUAUUAGGAAGAGGAAAGACAAGGAGCUCAGUUUUAGAGAGAUUGAGUUUCAGAAAGCGGGAGGACAUCCAGUCAGAGAUGGAAGAAAGGCAAGCAGUGACCUGUUGCAGGACGGCAGGGGAGAGGUCCGGGGAGGAGAGAUAUAACUGGGUGUCAUUAGCGUACAGGUGGUAGUGCAAUCCAAAAGAGGUAAUAAGUUUGCCAAGAGAGGCAGUAUAAAGAGAAAAUAGAAGGGGACCAAGGACAGAGCCUUGUGGGACUCCAACCGAGACAGGACGAGGGGAAGAGGUAUCAUUAGAAAAGGAGACACUGAUUGAGCAUUGGGAGAGAUAAGAGGAAAACCACGAGAGGACAGAGUCACACACAGAGACCAAAUGAUUGAAGAGUUUGAAGAAGGAGAGCAUGAUCAAUGGUGUCAAAGGCCGCAGUGUGGUCAAGAAGAAUUAGUAUGGAAUAGUGGCCUUUGGAUUUAGCUGCGAUUAGGUCGUUAGUAACUUUGAUAAGCGCAGUCUCAGUAGAGUGGAGAGGGGACGGAAGCCAGAUUGAAGAGGGUCAAGGAGAGAGUUGGAAUUGAGGAAAUGAGACACACGGGUAAAGACAAGUUUUUCCAGAAGCUUUGAGGAAAAAGGGAGCAGGGAUAUGGGACGAUAGUUAGAGGGAGAUGGACGGGUCGAGGGAUUUUUUUUUUUUUUUAGUAUAGGUACUACCUAUGUUUAGGGUCAGCAGGGACAAUGCCAGAAGAGAGAGAGCAGUUGAAGAUGUGCGUUCAGGAAGGCACGAGUCAAGUGGAGAGAGAUCUAAUAAGGUGAGAUGGGACAGGAUCGAGUGGGCAAGUGGUGGGGCGAGAAGAAAAGAGAAGAGCAGCCACCUCUUGGUCAGUAGCCGGGGAGAAUGUCUGAAGGGUAGGAAAGGCAUGAUCUAUGUGUGGUUGAGAAACAGAAUGGCAAGGAGAGGAACUUGUGAUUGAGAUAGACAAAAAAACUCCUAAGGGGGGCGUGUCUAUACAGAAUCCCAAUAAACCCACCUGCGGGGCAAGGUGAGGCUCGAUGUCCUUGACAGACUGUGAAGCCUCGAGAUACAAACAACGAUCGUUAGUAGAUGUCAAGAUUUUCGUCCAAAGGUGUCAUUUCAGAAGAGCAAUAAGAAGUCCGAAACCUUGAGCUAAUGGGGACCUGUAAACCGAAGACUAGCAGUCACUGGUUGUAGCCGCUUGGUGGAACACAAGGGGCCGAGUUCUGGCCGAAGGGCAGGUGGACCUGGUGUGGCCGGUCAUUCCACAGAGAGUCUAGCAACGUUGGUAAAUAGCACAGGAGUGUAGGGAAUAUGAAAGUAGUCUGACUUCAGUCGAACCAGAAGCAUGGUGCUGCAGAAGCAACCCCCUGGUGUCCAGUGAAUAACUGAAUUGGUCCAUGUCGGCCAGGGUCUGAGUUUUGGUGUCUUCCAAUGGGGCUGCAGACUAUAUAGGGAGAGGGUGGAGUUGUCCUAAUUCCUGUAUGUACUACCCCGCUACUGUUCAGCCCUGCCAAAGGGGUCGAUGGAACGCAAGUCACCCGCAAGAUAGGUCAUAAUUGAGCGAGGUAUAUAGGUCCGUGUGUUGCGAAUUUCUGAAGAAUGUUGCUCUCAAGAAUAGGCUCUAGGGCAAGGGAACCAGUCCUAUGAACUCAAGGUCUGAAAUCUUGGUAUCUAUAUGAAGGAAUACCACCCAUCUUAGAUCAUUGCACCGCAACAUUUCAGAGUCGCCUAGUAUGCCGAUAGAACAUCAGGCCUCUUCUCUAAUGACAGACUAAACCAGGGGAGUGUUUUGCAAAGGGGCUUCAUCCACCAGAAGCAGGAUAGCUUGACCUGCGCCAGAUUCAGAUCUUUAUCAAUACCCCAGCGAAAGGUUGUGUCCCAACCUUGCGAAGUCCGUGUUGAUCCUGAUAUUUAACUGUGGAGUCAUUACGCCCAAAUCGGAUAGUGAUGGCCUGGUGUACACAGCUCGUAAUCUUUCAAGCGCUUCCCGGUUUUGUGAUCCCUGAGUACCCCAAUGGGCAGGAGCCAGCUUUCAAUGACCUGAGUUGUCACAAGUAAUGCAGAUCGAAACGGAAAUUCUCUAUCGAUUCCACACAGUUGUCAUUGUCAGUAACUGAAUCAGGUGGGUUAGUGGAAUAGAAAUCCAGGAUGGCUUUCGUGAGAGAUUCGUGUACAGAGGAAAAGUCAUCCUAAACGGACUCUUGAACUCGUUCUUCGUCUUUGGAGGCUUUUAAGGCCCCCCCCACCAUUCAUCCCAAAAUGGCUAGAGGAGGCCGUACAGACCCGGGCCUCCGGUCAGUCCUCGCGCGUACCAUGUACUUUCUGGAGUUGUGGGUCUACCCCAUUCCAGUACUGCUUGCAAGAUAGUGCAUGUCCGCUUUAAAGGCGUCAGAAUCUCCUGUUUCCUCUGAUAGGAGAAACUGCUUGAGGGGGUCGUCCAUAAUGGCAUAAAUAAUAAUAGCAGUGUGAGAUUGUCUGCACAGUACAACGCAGCGUAAAAAAUAGAUAUAUCUGUAAUAAGUAAGAGUAAAAACAUCCAGUAGGGAGGCACAGUGGCACCGACAAAGCGGGCCAGUCAUAGGAACUGUAACAGCCAAGACAAACAGCCCAUAAUCUGCCCGAUACGGUACCAGGGAAAGUGAGAAUUUGCUGGGAGGUUUCCCCCGUAGUACCUCAUGUGGUAAAUCCUGCAAGGAGACAUAGUGGUCAGGGCAACGCGGGUCAUUACACAGGAGCCGCAACGGAGCCAGCCAGCUCAAACAGAUAGAUGAGCUGAAAGAUGGAAUGUAGGGGUUCCUUCCAACUCCCCACCUGGUAUGGGGCAGCAUUACUGAGAGGCUCUGGUGAGGAAAGUAGCGAUAUGAACUGUAAGGGUGGCAACAUCAGCGGUAAAACCACAGAACGUAGUAUAAUAUCCAUAUUGGGCCGAGGUCCUGAGGGGUCACUCUCUAAUAAGCAAUCAGAUCCUGUUCUGGUAAGAACCUGUAGGGUAAAUGAAGGCUGGCAGUAACCAAGAUAAAAAUCCAUGUGGAGCAUAGGUAGGAGAUGGCGCGCCCUCCAAUAAGGGAAUCUGUAUCCCAUACUGCAGUAAACUGAUGGAAAACAAUGAAAAAAUAAAUCUAGAUCUGUGCAUAUGAGAAAUUGGCUUCGAUAUCGUCAGCAGGCUGUGAUUAUGAGAGGGCCACACCCUCCAAUGUAAUUAGUCUCCAUGUCCGCAUCAGGCUGAAUAUACGAGAGGGCCUCACCCUCCAACAAGGUAACUGGUAUCUGUAUCAGCGUCCGGCUGAUCUCAUGAGAGGGGUUCACACUCUAAUAUCGUAGUUAGUAACAGUACCGCCGUUAAGCAGAGUUAUGAGAGGGGUUCCCCCUGUAAUAGAGAAACUAGUAUAGAUAUCAGUAGUGGGUUGAGUUCACAAGAGGGCAGCACCCUCUAAUAAUGUAAUAAGCAACCAUAUCUGCAUCCAGCUGAGGUUAGGAGGGCCGCACCCUCUAAUAAUGUAAUUAGUAGCCAUAUCAGCCUCAAGCUGAGUUUGAGGGGGCUCACCCUCUAACAAUGGCAUUAGUGUCAGUGUCGUGCUAAGUAUCUGAGAGGGGCUUACGCUCUAAUGACGUAAUUAGCGUCAAUAUCAGCGUUGGGCUGCGUAAUGGAGAGGGGCUCAUCCUCCAGUAAUGAACUCAUAGUAAAUCUCGGUAUCCGGCUGAGAUCAUGAGGGAGUCACUCCCCAAUACUGAGUUCAGUAUCUGCAUUGCAAUAGCCUGUAACCUAAUAAAACUAAAUAUGGCAGCAGGGAACUCGCGCAAUUGCGCGGGAUCCGAGAUGGCAACCGGUACACGAGGAGGCGCUGGAGACGUUCUCCCCGGUCCUCAAGAGAAUGGGGGUCGGAGGAGGCCAGAGGCAUGGCCUCUCGACAUCCCGAGCAGAAGGAAAGACGCAAAACAAAAUAAGCGAUAGAAAACCGAAAUAGAGGGAAAGCAUAUACAUAAGGAAAUAUGACAGACAGGAAGUAGAAACAAGGUAAACUAAAAGGAAAUGUGAAAUAAACAAGGUGAUGCAGCUACAGACAGAUAGAAAAAACGUAGAAAAGCUAUAAAGAAAAAAAAAAGGUAACUAGAGAAAUACCGUGCCGGGAAGGCAUGCCAAGGCAAAAGGAGUAGUACACACAGGCUGCAUGAGUAGACCCUGACAGGGGCAGGCAAGAGUCCGGUGUGCCUGGAGAAGCAGAAAAAAACAGAUCUACAUGUGGGUAAGGAAAAGUAGAAAAAAAAUUAGGCUGGCUCAUGACUAUCAAGGUACUGCAGCAUAAAUAGACAUUUAUCCAUGAAGGGUUAAUGUUAUUAUGACUUCAUAAAUACAUCCUUGAUGGCAUCACCCAACUCUUAUCUUCCUAGAAAAGACAGGUAGACAUCUCAGGAAAUGAUCCCACAGCUGUGAGGUACUUGGGGCCGAGAUAGAAUCAGUAAGCUAUUUGCCAGAAACCCCUCAACUAGCAGAGAUAGAAAUCUACUCAUGCCUGAGAGCCGGCACCCGCCUUACUCUGCGUCCUAUGAGAGGAGACCCAUGGGUCGCACUUCCCACGGGGAAGGACCCCCAGCUGAAGGGAUACGGGGUGACAAAGGUACCCACGCACCCCCCCUCCGCCACAAAUGCAUGCGGGCCCCAGCAAAUGCCGACCAUGGCUCAGUGGAGUCGUGCAAGCUGGGUCGGCAGGGCAGAGGCUCCAGUCGUCGGGGUCUCACGCAAUAGCGCAAGGUCCCAGGAGGCUGCAAGCAAACACGCGGGAACUGCCGGAGAUAAACUCUGCAGUCCCGGUGCUCGGGAGGUCGGGGGAGGCAGCUAAUAAAAUAGUUCUAUGGUAUUAAAUGGUGCUUAAUGGAGGUAAUAUUUAAUAAUCUUUUUUUACUACAGGACCAACGUCUAGCGGGGGGCUAUGAGAAUGUUCCCACGGUGGAUAUUCACAUGACACAGAUUGGUUACCAGGAUGAAUGGCUGAAGUUCUUAUUGGAAUAUAUUGCUCCGGUUACUGAAAAACUCUUCCCGGGAUAUUACACCAAGGUAAUCGAGGGUCUCUGCUAAUGUGUGUCUAAUGUAAAGUGGUAUUCGGCAGCUGUGAAGGUGCUAGCAAACAAUUCUAUUUUAUAUUAGUUGAUCGCAAAGGUUAGGAUGCAGUGAUUAUCCAUAGAUAUAUAUUUAUACAGAAUACUGUCACAUGAAAGAAAAGAUAACUGGGCCAAGCAUAAGAUAAUUGGAGAGGAAGACAGAGAAAAUUCAAGCCUUUUAAAGAACAUGGUUUGUGUAGUGUUUUGCGUUUGAAGGCCCUAAGACGUGAUAAAACCAUGCAGAGGGUGUGUGGACUGCAUUAAAGUGGUCUACAAACUUGCCGAGUGCUACAGUUGAUCACAUCUGAUGGAGGUUAGGGUGGCAGGUGAAUUCUGUGCCUUCUUGUGCAUGCUGAGUCACUAGGCUGAUCUAUUGAACAUUGAUAUUUUCAGGAUCCGGUCCACCCUACGUUUACAGUGUGUGUAUUUUUGUGAAAAUGUGUUCUCGCACUCUUUCUGGAGUUUAUUCUCUAAUUACACCAAUAUGGUCCUGAAAUGAUUGGAAUGGGACAAAUUGCUUUCAGUGAUACUAGGUGUCAAGAUACCCCUGUGCAUUACAGUCUCCUUCUUGAUUGUUGUUUUGUAUUAGGCCAAAGCCCUCCUAAACUUCAUAGUGCGUUACAGACCGGAUGAGCAGCCCUCUCUUCGUCCCCAUCACGACUCCUCCACAUUCACGAUCAACAUCGCCCUCAACAGCAAAGGGGUGGACUUCGAGGUAAGAUUUUCUUUUCUCUGUCCUUAUUGCAUGGUGUGCGCUAUCACACCAUACCAUGUAGAUAGAGAGAUAGAUAUAUCUAUAUCUCUGACAUAUACAUAAAGAUCACCCAUUAUCCCUUCUCUCUCUCUCUCUCUCUCUCUCAGGGAGGUGGCUGCCACUUCAUCCGAUACAAAUGCAGAGCGGAAGCUCCCCGCAAAGGCUGGACCUUUAUCCACCCGGGCCGCCUCACCCAUUACCACGAGGGUCUCCCUACCACUAGUGGAACCCGCUAUAUCAUGGUCUCGUUUGUAGAUCCUUGAUCCUGUGGAACUCAUUUUCCCUCCUCCCCAAACUGGUCGGACACUGCAAGGUGGAGAAUGCACGCCUAUCCCAGCUCAUCCGUUAGAUUCUGGAGUCAGGGACAUUUCCACUGAGGGCCAACAUAACAUGUUAAUCGCAACAUGGCAUGGACACGCCUGGGGCAUUAAUUACUGUGGUACAUCAAUGUAAUAUGACAACUAGAAGUCACCCUAGGACUGGUUACUUACCUCCAUCUAUCCCACGUUUACACACUGCUCAAAUUGAAGUGUUGAUUGAAUACUGCCUCUCUCAUUUCACAACACUAUCUAUUCUAAAAGCAGAUCUCUCUAUAGUCUUGUUAAUAGAGAAUGUAUUAGAAGGUAUUGGUCUUUCAGUGGCAAAAGAUUAGUCCCUGAUGCAAGCCUGUGCCAUAUUCUGUAAACAAUCUGAAUAGAAUGGACAACGCGUUUCGCCGUGGGUUUUUUAAUGCCUGCCCUUACUCUUGUUCCUUAUUAAUGCAAUUUAAAUUGUAAAACUUUUUGUACCAAAAAUGUAUAAUCAUGCCAUUGCCUCAAUCACUUUGAAUCCAAAGUGCCUUAAAUUUACCAAAAGCUUUCAAUUUUGCACAAAAAAGUAAUUAAGUAAUUUGCACACGAGCAAAUUUUAGUAUAUUUUUGUAGCACAUACCAGAAUUCAGCAUAUUUGCUUCAUGGACUGGAUCAUGGUAAGAAACUAUUAUACGGCAUUAUCAGUAUGUGAGAGCAUAGUAUGUUGAAUAUCCGAGCGAGAAGAGCUCUUGGCUGACAGGAGGGCAAUUUAAAAUUCAUUUGGAGGAGAGGGGAGGAAUUUGUGAUUUUAUUUUUAUUUUUUUUGCGAGACCAAAUGAUUUCUUAAGCAGAUUUGCAGCCUUUUGUACAAAGUGCUUUAAAUUAUUUGCUGCGCUAUUUCAUCUAUCUUUAUUUUUUUUGUAGAAUCCUGUAAACCUUUUCACAUUGUUUCAAUAAAGUAUUUCUCUAUUCUAAGCAGGUUGUAUGUUUGUUAUAGGAAG